CCGCCCAUUAGACUCCAACAAGCAGUCGGUGCGAAGCUCUGACAGACCUACUGCUGAGAGUUCUGUAUCUUUGGGCUGCAGAGCAAUUGUUGAACAGUGGAAGAAUAAUAACUGGAGACCAGGAAGCCUAACAGAGCGUCACAUGAGCUGACACUGUGGACAAGAUGUUCUGUACCAAGCUGAAAGACUUAAAGCUAUCAGGGGAAUGUCCUUUCUCUAUGCUCACACAGAGCCAGGGUUCAGAGGAGGGGGAUGAAGUGUCCAGCAAUGCUGCUGCUGCCAGUCUUCCAAUCUGCAAAGAGGUCCAUGAGCUGAGCACCAGGAGAACAGGUGACCAUGAUGGACUCCCACAGAGGAAGACCAGCCGGGGCAGGGUUUAUCUGCACACUUUGGCAGAAAGCCUUCGCAAGUUAAUCUUCCCAGAGGUAAAUCACUGUCAAAGGGUCUGGAUACAAAUGAACUGCAUUCUGAACUCUUGAUGACGAGAUACAUGUAUCAGUAAGGGUUCUUUAGGCAUGGAGGAGACAGUGAGCAGUUGUUCAUCCCAAAAUUAGUACUAUUACCCGGCUGGGAAGGAGUUAAUAUACUCUGAUCUUCAAAUAAACCCCCUUAAAAAAAAAUAAACACAGAGGAAACUGAUUGUUCCAUCAGCCCACGCUGCUUUGACUUUAUUACUAAUUAUUUAUGGUUAUUUUGUUUGUGUUUAUUUGUGUCGGCACAGUUUCAGCAAACGUAAACAGAGGUUUGGGAAAAUCAAGAAUAGUGCAAUCAAAUUUAAUUCAUAAUUGCAGCAGUGAAUGCAGUUCUAAUACAGUAAAGAUUAAACUCACAUUCCAGCUGCUAAGGACUAUUCCCCAGGAUGCACAGCCAGCCCAUUGACUGUCUAUGUAUCAUUAUAUAUACAUAUAUAUAUAAAAAAAAUCUUCAACAGUUGGAGUGUCACAAGUAGAAAUGCCCUCAGUGGUCAAAUGGCUUCGUUUGGUUACUGCAUUUGUAUGUAUUGUCUGUUUCCCAUUUUAAGCAUCUGCAUCGUUAUUACCUAAUGAUGCUUUUUGGCAUGGUUUCGUUUAGUCUCAAAAUUAGUAUGCCCACUAGCUAGCAAGGUGUGUGAAACCCAUAUCUCGCUGCCUUUCUCAGCUGUUGAUGAAUAAAUGCUGUAUCCAGUUCUGCCUGAAAACAGAAAAUUACACAUUACCCAGUGACUGCUAUGGCUCUCUCUUAUUUGCCUGUUUAGAAUGAGUAACCCUUUCAGUGUCAUCAGAAUGAACAGCAAAUAGCAUCUAACAGGUCCUUAUAGAGUAAAAUUUACUUUUUUAUUUUGCUUUGUUUUUUUACAACAUCAAUAUUUAACAAGUAUCAUGUGUUUAGAUUGUUAACACAUCUAUGGCGGCAUUUUCUAAUGUGCUUCAUGAUAUGCAAAUGUGUUUAAAAUAAGUGCAGUAUCAAGUGGGUUUUGCCAACUGAUGUAUAUGUGUAUUUUCUAGAUUAACAAAAAGCUUCACUUUUUGAGAGAAUAUGGCCCAGGGAUAGGCAACCUUUGGCACUCCAGAUGUUGUGGACUACAUACCCCCUAAUGCUCUUACACCCAUAAUGCUGGCAAAGCAUCAUGGGAGGUGUAGUCCAAAACAUCUGGAGUGCAGAAGGUUGCCUAUGCAAAUGCUAUAAUCAUUUACACUGGUCUGUGUUAAACACAGACUAUAACAGAUGUGGUUUUCUGGUUUUAAUGCAUAAGGGAAACACAUAAGGGAAAGCUAUAACAAAACUCUAAUAAUAUAAUGGUAUGUUUCUUUUAGUGUUGAUAUUUGUCUAUCUAUGGAUCUAUGUAUCACAUAAACAAGGCAGUCUCUCUUUAUAAAUGUCAUAGUACAAGUUACUUCCUAUCUUACAGGAGAAAGCCAGAACCUUUAUUCACCCAAAUAAAGCACUGGCAUGCUAUUAACUGUAUUUACUUCUGAAGAUGUUAAAACAUAUACAUCUUGCUAUAGUUAUAAUAAACAACAGCCCACUAGUCAUUGUCUAUGCAUGCUUGCUGUGUUCUCCAGAACAGAUUUAUUUUAAACUGCUAUAUUAAAAUAUUUUACUACAAUUGUGUACUGUGGACAUUUUAUACCCCCUAGUUACAGAUUUUGGGCCAUGCAAUAAAUAUAUUCUCUGAUAUAUAUGUAUAUAUAUAUAUAUAUAUAUAUAUAUAUAUAUAUAUAUAUAUAUAUAUAUAUAUAUAUAUAUAUAUAUAUAUAUAUAUAUAUUCGAUAAUAUAUUUAUUAUACAGACCAAAAUUUGUAUUAUAUAUAUAUAUAUAUAUAUAUAUAUAUUAUUUUUUUUUAACUUGUUGUGCAUAUGUAAACCAGAGUAAGAUGCAGUGUGACCUUUAAACAUUCCUGCACUCAUUUAUCAUUUUAUUAGGCAUGGUAACCGCAAUGUUACAUUGUAGCUGCAGACAUUGAAAUAAAAAUGGUUCUAUAAAAUCAGAACAAUAUUAAUGUUAUAAAAUAUAUUUUACAAAAAUUAUGCCUGGACACAUAGAAUGUACUGAAAUAAAGAACAUAUUUGUUCUUCGAUCUGAAUUGUGAUAAUAAAAUACACGUUGUAAGCUUGGAGACGAUUCAGAGACAUGUCUUCACAGUGCCCAAUUGGUGACCCUUGUGGGGCCUUGUCUGCACCCCAAAAACAGUAAAUAUUUGGGCAUUGCAACAUAUGCUAAAUGUUAUGAUUACUAUUUAAAAGUUUAAUAAAGAUAAUUACAUAAGAAGCAUUGUAGGAAAUAGAAACCGUUGAGUUGAAUUGCUAAUUUAUAUGUUCUAUAUUUGUAGUCAGUUGUACACAGUGUUAACUUUAUAGUUAAAAGAAAAUUGCCAAUUUGAUUAAGUUAGUAAGAGCCCACACCAACCAUCUUGUUUUGUGCCAUUCUGAAUGUUUAUGAUGUCUAAAGCAAAGUGAUGCUAGCAGCUUCAAUGUGCAAGGUGCAAUUGCCUGAUGUGUGAAAUAGGAUUCCUUGAAGGUUCAGUCAUGCAGAAAAAAAUUAUGCCCAUUUAAAGAGACAGAAUGAUUUAAUAUAGUCUAUAUGGGUUUCUUCAUUUUCUAAAAAUGUUUGGGGAAAAGAAAUCUUAACCACUUUUUUUAUAUCUUGCAAAGAUACUGCAAAUUAAAGCAAUGUAGCAGCUAAUAAAAAAAAAAAAAAACUUUACAUAAUUCAGAACCAUUGAUAUAACACUUAGAGAUAAAAAAAAAAAAAAACGAAAGAAAAAAAUAUAUAAUUAUUUGUAACUAGCAAAAAUAAUAAUUAACUUAAUCCGGAUGGCCUCUAUCUGAGAAAAGCAUCAGAAGAUGUAUAUCAGAUAAUUACUGUGGAGUUUAUUCCCUGAAACCCGAAUUAGCCCACUGGAAUAGUCCAUGAGAGGAGGUUAUUAUAAGUUGUUUUUAGGCUACUGGGACAAGGAUGAGUUGAUGGAAAUGUUAAAGUCUCUAAGAAUUGAGAAUUGGGAUGGAAUAUUAUUUGAAAGGAAUUAGGGAAGUCAGCCAGCAAUGUGGUCAAGGAAAAGAAGAAGGAAACUAGGUGGCUGGUAAAUACCAGCAAUGUUUGCAGAGAUGGGUUUGAACAGAUGAAUUGAGUGAACUUAAAAUGAGGAGAAAGAGAUGGAUCAGAUGGUGGGGAGAGGUUUGACAGAGUAGUGGGGUGAGAGCAGAAACCCUUCUGCUCCACCAACUCUAUCAGGUUGCCUCAGGCCGUUGUAGAGCACAUCACUGGUUCUCUUCUUAUCUUUCCUACCCAAAAUACUAAUCCUCCUUUUUUGCUCUCCUUGCAAGCUGAUUGUACCCGCAUCAGCCCAUCCUUGCAAGCUCACUGUCUUGGUGUUAUAUUUGAAUCUGACCUUAACUUAGGUCCAGUCUGUUGCUAAAAGUCUGUUGCUAAAAUCUGCCAAUUCAACCUAAUAAACAUUUCCCACAUUCACCCCAUCCUUACGCAUGAUGCUACAAAAAAGCUUGUUCAUACCCUUGUAAUUCCUCUCAUUGAUUGCUGUAAUUCUCUUCUAAUGGUUUCCUCAGAAACCAUACUGCCUCGGUACAGUCUGUAAGGAAUCCUGCUGCCAGACUGAUUUUUCUCUCCCUUUACUUCUCUCACACCUCACCCCUCUGCUAAUCCUUACAUUGGCUUCCUGUACACUAUAGGGUUCAAUUCACAAUACUAACUGUUAAAUAUAAAGUUCUAACAACUCUAUCCUCAUUAAAUUCUCUGUCUCUCCGCUCUGCCGUGGACCAUCUCUUGUCUGCUGCUAUAAUGUUUACUGCUAACUCGCACUUGCAAGACUUCUGAUGGGCUGCUUCUCUCCUCUGGAAAGGUCUGCCUGCCACCACUCUUCCAUGGUCUUCAAUUAUUUAAGAAGUCCCUCAAAACCUAUCUCUUCAGGAAAACAUAUGGCCUUCCAUAGUGAUAUUUCACAAACCUAUCUCUUACUUAAAGGGCUACACUCUUACCUUAUGAUUCUGCUGUUUCCCAUCCUAUCGUUUGGUUGCUAGCUCCACAUUGCCUUUCCUCUUGUGGUUUUAUACCUCAACUCAUCUGGAUUGUAAGCUCACCCUAUUGUGUUUUUAUACCACACCUCUCCUAGAUUGUAAGCUCUUUUGAGCAGGGUCCUCGUCAACCUGUUGUUCCUGUAACAUUUUGUAUUGUUAAAUCCCCCCUUUGUAAUAUUGCAAAGUGCUGUGGAAUAUUUUGGCACUGUGUAAAUUACGAUAAUAAUAAUAAUAAUGACCCUUCCCUCCAUCCCAUGGCCAGUAGUAUAGAGAGUAGUAAUAAGGCUGGAAUAAAUGGUCCUAAGGAAAUUCCAGGUUCUCUGUUCUGAAAAUGCUUAGAUCCAGAUGGUGCCUGAUGUCUCAGAUCCUAUUAAGGAAACACUCCAGAAAUGUAUUUAGUUUUUUUUAACCGUGUAGCACCUCUCAAAAAAACCUGUAGUUAAUAUGUUUUGCAUAUUGUGGGAAUGGGGUAUAUGCAAAAAAUAGCUUACAUUAGCUGCAGAACUAGCUUCUACAGCUGUCAUAUACCAUCCCCUUUUUUGUCCAAAACAAACUUCUGCUUGACAUUGUCCUGUCAAAAUUUUUCAUUGAGAGGGCUUGCAGACAAAUCGUGCAUGCGCCUGCCUGGCCAAUCAUUUUCUUCUGAAUGAGCUGUACAACAGUUCAUUAAGAAAAGAAUGAACAUCAAACACUAAGAAAGGUACAACCCCUCUUUUCUGCUUUGAACAAGAGUUCAGCGUGAAUGAUGCAUCGAAACCUCCAGGCUGUCUGUGUGACUAAGCUGUUUUAUAAACAUGCUAAAAAGUUACACUUUUAAGAAUAGGGACAGGCAAUUUCACCAUAAAGCACUUCAGCAUUGAUGCUUAAAUGUGUUCCAUUAAAAAAACAACUUGUUAUCAAAUAUCGUACAAUGGAAUGUCUCAUGGGAAUUGGAUGGCUUUGCAUGACAACACUCACAGUGCAGUGAAACUAUAUUCAUCUAAACUAUGGGUUGAUAGUUAAUUAAUUUGAAUUCAGUAACUUCAAAACACAAUAUGGAUGCCAGAAAAACAUGAGGGGUCAACUGGGGAAUAAUUGCAGUACACUAAGAGUCACAUUUUUGUGCUAUUUCGGUUCAGCUGAACUGUUUUUCCAAAAAUGAUCACAUGAACAGAAUUCUAUUGAUCCUAAUCAUAUUUUUGGGGGAUGAUUCAGUUUAAGGCAAAGCAAAUAUUUAAGUAUAGCUGAAACCUCUUUAACCUAGCAGGAAGAAAUAAAUGUUUUCCACUAGAGCAGCUGGAGACGGCGGGGUGACGGGGCUUCAAAUUAGAUGAUUGGAUCUGCACGGGUGCAGUCGGGAGAUCGUCCGCCUCCCCUGGCCGACUAUCAUGGUUUCAGAAGCAUGUCAGAGAUCUCUGGUAUCAGAGCCGUCUCUUGUAUAUUCUGUUAGCUAUUAGGUACUUUUCAGUCUCAUUGGCUGAAGAAAAGCUCAGAGAACCAGAAGCUCUCAACAAACACGUCUGGCCAUCUUCAGAGUCAGGCGCGCCGCCCCUUCAGUCAUCUUUUGGUGUAGUUUUACUCUUUGGUCAGACAAUCCACUUACACGAUCAAUACCAUGCAUGUUAUCAAGAAUACCAUGCAUCUAUGAGUCCUUUCAUUAAGCCCUGACAUCAAGCAACUUAAAAAUUAAACUAUCUAAAAAAAUCAGAGAUGGUUUCAGACCUUUAAAUAUUGCAAGGUCAUAGCAAAUAUGCGGUGCUUCUAACCAAAGAAUACUAAAAAUGGCUAACCCCAUACAGCAAAGAAUAGCCAUGAAGUUCACAAAAAAUUCCAAUUAACUUAUAUGUGUUCAUUACAAAAAAAUACUAGAUGAGGAUGCAUUAAAUAUAAUAUUUCAUUUCCACAUAUAAUAGAGUAAAUAUUUAAAAUUUGUUUGUAACAGAAAACUUCACAGCUUUGGUAAGUUUUUUUUACCAAGUUGAAUAUUUUACAAACAUUGUGAAAAUUGGGACAAGUGUAAUUUAUUAAUAGUUAAUUAAUUGUCAUCGGAAAUAUUUUAUAUACCAUCAACAACUCUCUAUACCCAAUACUGAUCAUUUUUAAAUCGAUUUUCCAAUAUAAAAAUUAAGGAUUUCCUGCUCAUUCAAAGAAACAUUUUCUGUUUCCUGUUCAGUGGACGGCUGAGAGCUACUUUGCAAAUAAAAGAAUUGGAUUGGCUGCUAACAUCGCAUGCUCUCUGAAGUGGUGAUUUAUAUUUUUAACAAAAUCAUACAUUUCAAAUACGGCCACCUCCAUCACACAACACUGACAGGGCCAGUGCAAGGAUUUUUGACUACACAGGCGAAGAUGCAUUUUGCUGCCCCUCCUACCCCCCCCCCCCCCCCAAAAAAAAAUGCAUUUUUACCUGUGUGUCUUUUAAUCCACUUCUGAAUUUCUUACCUACUUUUGUGUUUCAUAGUUUCAUAAACUCUCGUCCUCUCUUUUGAACAUCUCACCCUGUAUGGUGUACCCCGUUUUUGUACCUUAGACCUCUAUAGUGUAUGUUAUCCUCCAUUUUUCCCCUUUGUGUGCCUCUACACCCCCACCCCCGUGUGUUUCCUACUCCUUCCCUCCUUUGUGUGUCUCUCACUCCCCUUCCCCUGUGUGUCUCUUCUCCCCAGCCCAUUUGUUUGUCUCUUCCACUCCUCUUUGCGAUCUCAUCCAUUCCACCUGGUCUUGUUUCUUCCCUCCUCUCCUCUUCUGUGCCUCCUUAGCUGCCCUUUGUAGCAUGGCUGCCGACCACAGUAGAGGGUCUUCUGUACCAUCUUCCCAGUCUGACAGGAAGUUGUUUUUUGCUCACAGAAAGCACUUCUUGUCAGCCUGCUGUAGAGGAUACAGAAGAUCCUUUACCGCAGUCUGCUUGGCCAUGCAACUUGUGUGAUUAGCAGGAGUGGGAAUGCUGUGCACUGUCCUCCUGCCGAUCAGCCAUAUUUUGCACCGUCUGUGCCGCCUUAUGGUUGCACUGGCCCUGCUGACAGACUUUCAAGUGUCACUAUCAGCUAAAUUUACUAUAGCUUGGUUAGACUAAAAUAAUAUUAGUCUAUUUGUUUAAAUGGUUACUCCAAGCAUCAUAACCACUACAGCCUACUGUAGUGAUUAUGGUGCCAGGAAUACCCUGACCUUUCUCCCUGGUAAUGGGGCAGUUGACGACUCUCUGCCAAUUAAUGACACUCUGUGUGUAGAAAUAUGUAGAUAAUUGACAUCAGCCACGUGGAACUCUUGUUCCAGGAAGGCUAAUGAUGUCCCAAUGCCACAGCCGGAGGCGAAGUUACCCCUCAGGGAACGAAUGGGAUAAACUCAGUAUGUGCAGUAUUUGAGAGUGUAAUGCUGCACACACAGACUCCAUGUACCAUGUCCACUUCAAAUCACUGAAGUGGCCAUCUUUGUGGUGCUUGGAGUAACCCUUGGAUUGUUUAAUACUGAGUUCUGGAAAUACAUUUUCACGUGCCAGUAAAGCUUUAAACAAAGACAUGUGUUAAUUUUGCAACUUAGUUCCAAAAUAUUGCAAUAAUAGUAUUGCUUUAAAAGCAGAAUUUGUUUUGAGCAAACGGCAGGGACUUUCCAAUUUGGGGAUAUUUUAGCAUACGAUUUGCACUACACUGGUCAGUUCAUCAACUCACCGUUCAUUGAAUACACCACCUAAAAUGUAUGUAAAAAUUAUUACACUUAUUUUAUUAUGUUUCCUUUAUAAUUUUUAAAGGGUAGCUUAAAUUUAUGGGACAUCUGCACAACCUAAAAACUAAUUAAAAUUUAUCUUUGGAUCACGCAAUUUUUUUCCAAUUGAAGAGAUGUAUUUGACUGAGCAUAUGUCGCAGGAAAUAUUGAAAUUACUCCUAUAAAGAAAAGCACGAAUGUAAAAUAAAUAUUUCAAUUGUUUACAUUGCAAUCCUAGGAUGAAAAUUGCAUUACUUUGUUAAUUUUGGAUGUAUAUCAACAGUACAGGUCGAACUCUUUUAAAAUGAUUACUUGUUGCAUUUCAUAUUACAUAUUAACAUGUUAAAUACUUCCUAAAAUGAUUAUUAUACAUCUGUUUAGAUGUCGCAAUUUAAUUUACUUUUUUACUUGUAUUUGUUGUUACAGUUUGAAAGGCUGAAUCUUGCACUUCAGAGAACAAUUGCAAGACAUAAAGUGAAAGAAAAUGCUAGCAGGUAACCUGUCUGAAUGAUUAUAUUUCAUUGUGUCAUUUAUUGACAGAGUGGCAAAAUACACAUAUUUUCUGGAAUAGUCUCCAAUGGGCAAAGAGUAUGAAGAUUUAAAAAAAAUAAUAAUAAUAAUACCAUGAAUGCAGAAGCUGUGGAAAUAUCUUCUCAGUAGACCUUGCAAUCUAGAGGGAACAGAAUGUUCUACAAUCUUACAAAUGCAAAUUGUCAAAACACAUUUUGUUAAAUACAUAUAUUUGAAAAGUAGCACACAGACGAGUAGAGAGGACCUCUAGCAUACUUCUCAUUUUCAUGCAUGGCGGUUUUGGUUCUAUACCCUAAAUAAAAAUAGAUGUGUAUAAGUACCAGUAAUGCCUCAACUCGUGAGCUGUCUUUUCAAACCAUCUAAGUUAAAACUAAGCAUAUUAAAAGCAAACACAUGGGGGGCGAAGCCGUCGGCCGAUCGCAGCAGAUGCACAUUCUAAGAGCUCCUGCGAGAACAACGCUUAACUAGGUCCACCAUGGUUUGGCGACAAGUUCUUCGCCCUGUCACUCAGCACUUCAGGGAACAUGGUGUGGCGUACCGUUGGGGCCCACGCUGGAAAUUGUCAGUGCUCCAUGACGGGAAGUGAAUCCAACUAUUACAACAGUCCGAAGCAGGGAAGUUCUUUAAAACACUAGGACUCCCUUUGCCAGAGGCUAUUCUCACCAUUGCUCCGGGUAAAAGCUCCCAAGCCCAGGUGUGGGAUGUGCGCAAUAUACUACCCUUCUACCUGAAACCCAGACAAGCAGCAGGAGAGUCAAAUCUGACGAACACCUGAGAAACACAGCGACAGAGGGCACAAGGACAUGCCCUAUGAUACCAGUUGCCAGUGUUUUACCCAUCACUGCACCUUCUCUAGGCCGUACAUGACUUGAAACACGUUGAUAAUACAUUUAUAGGCUUCUAUACGUUUAUAAGUUAAUAGUAAUUCCAUCUGUUAGCAUAUGCUUUUUCACGAAUGUCCCUAUGCCAAGGUUAUCUCUCGAGACUCACUCCCCCACUAGAAGCAGAUCAUUCCAGCCUUAUACAGUACUACUUAUCAUAAAAUGUGCACUGCCCGUCUGAUAAUACCCUAUCGGUAUACAGCUUAUUUAUAUAUAUAUAUAUAUUUCAUAUAUUUCGUACUAUUUGUAACCAAUUAUUGCUGUUUACAAUAAGUUGUUGACGGCACUUAAAAAGUGGCAGGCUAUGCCUUAACCAGUCUGCAUUUUAAAUAAUCUGCUACAAUAAAAUAUAGAAUAAAAAUAAAUAAAAAUAAAAGCAAACACACAUGUUGAAUGCUGGACACAUUCCACGUCAGCUUUAAAAAAAAAAAAUAGCAAACUGGAGGAAAUUCAGCAUUCAAAAACGUAAAAAAGAUAUUCAAUUAAAAAAUUUAGUUUUACAAGCUAAAUGAAUUGACAAUAAAAUUAAUAAAGAAUUAUAUAUACAUGUAUAACUGAAACAAAAUCACAGAUGUGAGUAGACAUCAUAAAACAUAUUUUAGUUUCUUUCCAAUGAAUUCAGUGUAACAUUUCUAAGCAAUUAGCUACAUAGCUUACAUACAUGUGUACAUUAAAGCUGUCAAAGUCCAACACUGAUAGAAAGAUAGCUUGUCCUUCGUCACUGGGUUAUAGUGAUGCUGUGCAUUUAUAGAAUGUGGCAUGUCAGGAGAUUAAACAGAACUGCAGUGCCAUUGGCUCAUCAAAUGACUUAACAAAGCACUGUUACUUGGCAGUUUCACAAAGGAUUGUCUUAUCUCUGAAAAUAUUACACCUAUGGCAAAAAAGCACAAAGAUAUAGAAAAUACCUAUUACAGCUCCUAAAUAUUUACCAAUAUGCCAUGAGUACAGCAGGAAAGAUUACAAACAUGGAGGUCAAGAACAAGUUCACACACCUUCAGACCACCACUACCAUAGCAAAGCCAAGGCAUCGUGAACCUUUUAACAUGCAAAUAUACACAAACACACAUUCAUAUGCACACACAGACACACACAUUCACAAAUCCACACAGAUUCAUAUAUGCACACAUUCUUACACAUACACACUCAAACACACAGUUUUAUAUACACACACACAUUUAAUGUUAUUUUAAUUUUUUUUGUGGAGAAGAUUCACGGUAGGAGAUAAACAUAGAAACAAAGAAUGUGACGGCAGAUAAAAACCAUUCGGCCCACUUAGUCUGCCCAAUAUUUUGAAAUACUAUUAAUUAGUACCUGGCCUUAGCUUAAGUCUAGGAUAACCUUAUGCCUAUCCCACGCAUGCUUAAACUCCCUCACUGUGUUAACCUCUAAAACUUCAGCUGGAAGGCUAUUCCAUGCAUUCACUACUCUCUCAGUAAAGUAAUACUUCCUAAUAUUAUUUUUAAACCUUUGUCCCUCUAAUUUAAGGCUAUGUCCAUUUGUUGUGGUAGUGUUUCUUCUUUUAAAUAUAGUCUCCUCCUUUACUGUGUUGAUUCCCUUUAUAUAUUUAAAUGUUUCUAUCAUAUCCCCCCUGUCUCGUCUUUCCUCCAAGCUAUACAUGUUAAGAUCCUUUAACCUUUCCUGGUAAGUUUUAUCCCGCAAUCCAUGAACCAGUUUAGUAGCCCUUCUCUGAACUCUUUCUAGAGUAUCAAUAUCCUUCUGAAGAUAUGGUCUCCAGUACUGUGUACAAUACUCCAAGUGAGGUCUCACCAGUGUUCUGUACAAUGGCAUGAGCACUUCUCUCUUUCUACUGCUAAUACCUCUCCCUAUACAACCAAGCAUUCUGCUAGCUGCUCUAUUACAUUGUCUUCCUGCCUUUAAGUCAUCUGAAAUAAUUACUCCUAAAUCCCUUUCCUCAGAUGUUGAGGUUAGUAAGGUAUCAAAUAUUCUGUACUCUGCCCUUGGGUUUUUACGUCCAAUAUGCAUUAUCUUGCACUUAUCCACAUUAAAUGUCAGUUGCCACAGCUCUGACCAUUUUUCUAGUUUACCUAAAUCAUUUGCCAUCCCUUUUCAUACCUUAAAAUGGAGAAUCUGGGGUCUAGUGGGCAGCUCCAUUUUGCUCUGUAUUGAUGCUGGGGUUGAGAGUAUGUCACAUCCCAGCUCCAAAAUUAGUAAAGGGCGAUCAUGGCAUCCCAAUCAGGAAUGAGCUAGUAGACAGUUGCCUGCUCUGGGGGAGUUCUGUAUGCACCCUCCUGCUCCCUGUCACAUGCGGCGAACCCCCCAACCCACCCCUUAGUGCUUUUCCAUCCUCACUACUAUGCAUGUGUAUCCAUAUGUUUUCAGUAAAGUUUUUAUCACUCCCAAGACUGCAGCUAAUUAAUAAUUAAUGGAUUUUCCAGAUAAAGCCAAGGAACCCUUAAUAUAUUCUAGUAAUGUGCAGUCUACAAGGCCUUAAACCUGACUACUGUGUAACUCCAACCUAUUGUAAUCACACAAACUUUGCUAUAAUUAUUGAAUACCAUCCUUGUCCUCUGAGAGCCUCAUGAUAAAGUUCUUUGUUUUGUGACUUAUUGCCAGGGAGUUCGUGGUAGCUUUUGUUUGCAGGGCAUUAGGAGACCAUGUCUGUUGAAAGAAAAUAACUUAAUAUUAAAGCUGUGGUUAACGCUACAAGUGAUAAUAAAUGUCUUCAUUCAUCCUAUAUUUGAGUUCCUUAUUUGUGCCUGAUUUGGUUGAUUUAAUCCAUUUAUCUAAUUGGUUAUUUCGUUUUCUAUUUAUUUUGCGUUUCUUUUUGUAAGUAAAAUCCACACUUGAAAAGACAGAAAAUCAAUUAUUUUUUUGAAUGCAGGUACAAUAAUUAUGACAUAUUUAAUAUUAUAUUGUAUAUUAUUAUACAAUAAUACUACAACUUGGGAAAAUUAUGCACAUGUUCCCUUUGUAACACUGAAUUGUCUACAUUGGAUUUUCUUUUGCUCUUUGACAACCGCAAGUUGGGUAUAGAGCCAACAAAUCAAUCUUAGAACACUUCCUUUUUAGAAACUCGUAUAAAAUGUUCCAAUGUUAUAAGUAAUUUUAGUAAGAUAAUUUGCUUUCCUGUUCAUUUUUAAAUGUCUUAUAUGGUUAUUUACUAAAGUGAGAAUUCAAAGUGAAUUCAAAGCGUAUUUUCCCAUUUUUAAGGCCACAGUAACCAAAAUGAAAGCAUAGUUGAUUUACAGAAUGUAAAGUUUGUCAAAUUUUACCACAAAUUGGAAAAUGAUUAUUAUUCCCGAUGGCUUUGUUUUGUUGUUCAUUGUUUUGCAAAUCUACAAAACCAAUGUAGUUCAUUCAAUUCUGUUUAAUUAUAUAUUAUUUUUUCAAUUGAAUAAAGAUAAUCAUUAUAAAAGACAAAUACAAAUUACACAAUAGCUGUAGUAAAGCAGUGGUUAAACUACUUCACGAUUUUUCCACAGCGACACUGUAGAAGGAUUGUUGUGGCUAAUACAUAACAAAAUGUACACCACUGGUACAAGCAGAACCUUUACUAUGCUCAAACGUUAAUUGUUUUAUGCCUAGACUCUAUACACCCCAGAGUUGUUUCCUAAUACAGUACUCAAUCAUUACUUGUGAAUGUUUGCAAUAGAAGGAGUGUGAACUCAGUAUCACAGGUUCCAUUCUUGGUAAGUUCACUUGAAGCUUUCAACAUUCCAAAGCCAAGAACGUUAGCACCAUUGCAUUGGCUAGUCAUAAAAUCUAUACACAGUAAAUACAGAAAGUCUAGAAAAAUCUUACUUAAUUAUUUAUCUUUUAUAGUCAUUGUACUGUAAUUUGUGACAUUUCUUUUAUUGCAGAUCAGCAUGUGUUAGUUUUAAGCUACCCAGUAUGCCUGCUUGCGGUAAAGCUGUAGAAAAAGAAGAUUUUGAAAAGGUUUUGAUAGAUCAAUCAAAUGCAGCAGGUAAGAGUUCUCAGAAUAGGUUACGUUUUGCUUGCCAUUUCUGUGGAAUUGUUUUAUUAAUGUUACAGUAUACCUCAGAUUAUGGGCUCCGAUUAUGGGCUCCUCGUAUCUGGAAUUUGUCUAUUGUUUGGGUUUUACUGUCAAAAAUAAUGGCGUAUUGUCUUGUUUAUGGAGCCCAUUUUGCUGUCCAUUAUCCACUUAUAAGAUGUGGACAGCAGAUGAUUCUCAUAGAUUAAUACAGUGCAGUGUUUGCAAUAUAAAGAAAGACAGUUUCUGGUUAACAAAUCCACUGGAUCCUUUCACAUGAUGAAGCUACAGUUGCUGUCAGACAUUUUGAGUUUAAUAAGAAUUUAUUAAGCAGUUGAGUCACCUGUACAUAGUAUAAAAUAUGUUAACAAGCAAUAAGAAACUAUAUACACAAUUAUGGAAACAGGCAUUGCCCAAAGUACUGAAUUAACUACUAUUUUGAGCAUAUACAAAUAAUAAAGAAAUAGUGAACCGAAGGCGGAUACCAAUCUAAAUCCAGCCUCUGACAGUGUGCGUCAAUAAAGAUGAAGUGAAGUGUGUUGGUGUACACUGAUGUGAACUGAAACAAAAAAAGACAAAUAAUAAAAUAUUAACAGACUAAGCAAGAACAAUUUUAUGUCAAACAUCAAGCUAAGUUCCCCAUAGUGAGUGAGCUGUCAGACAUUUUGGAUGUCUGAGUACCUUUGUUUUGUAGGUGUAGGAAUCCUACAUCAUCUUUAUUGCCUCAAAAUUGAAGCAUGAGACUGGUCUGCAACUUUUUAUUUUCCAUGGUAGAUUCCUGGAAAACUGUGAAAGCUUUUCUUAGUAUGGGGACCUUAGCUUUCACCAAGACAUGGCCACGAUAACAUGAAUGAUGACAUCACACUAAAAUUCAUGAUUUCCUUUGUAGUCCAUUACAAAAAUGGAUAUAUAUUCUAUUGCAGCAAUGCCUGGUGGGAAGAUACAGAUGCUAUGUUAGUACAUACAUUAUAUAAUUGCCACGUUUAUAAUUUGCUACUAUGUCUUCGGGUUAUCAUAUAAAUGCGGUAGUUUUUUUAGGUGAUGCAUGUGUGUGAAAAGCAGAAAAGUUCUAUUGCUCUAACGCGCAACAAUUUUUAUGGGAUGCUGGCAUAUAUUAUUUUAUUAUACAUGUCCAUCGCCAAACUUAAGAGUUUUCAUAGUUCUGAAAUCUAAAGCAACUUUUCAUGUUAAUCAAAUAUGCAAAUGAUAAUUAGUCCGCCAUAACUAGCUGUUUAGAGUUCGCUCCUCUGUAUUGUGGAUUCAGUGAAAAUAUGUCUCUUGUUAUUUGAAUACAGUGCAUAUAUGUUAAUGAAUCACUGUUUGUUAUCUAUUCAAAAAUAUACACAUUUUCCUGAUGACUAGGAUGCACCAUUAAUUAGUCUGGCAAAGUCACAUGCACAACAUGUCCAAGAUUGGGAGAGUAUUUGUAGUCUACAAGACCUAGAGAGUUCAGAGUGAAAAUCUACUUAUCCCUGUCAUGGGUAGUUUUGCUUCUGCGAAUAUAGUUUAGCUUAGUGAAUCUCAAAAAUGUACAUGGUUCAUAAAAAUAUUUAAUGGCCCCCAGUUCAUCAUAUUUGUGGGCAUUGCUGAUAUCUGGUUACAUAUUUUUUUACCUGAUCAAAUUUAACAUGUUAUGAAAUUGCCAAGUUGAAAACACUGCAUAUAUGUAUAAACAUUUAAUAAUACAGAGACAAUAGCUAGAUGAAAAUAAAAUAUCAUACUAUAUUUUAGCAUGAUUCUUAUAAUUAUCAGAUGUGUAAAACAGCAUUAAUCUAAUGACAAGCAACAUUUUGAAGUUGACACAUGUUAAAAGAACACUACCAACUCUAUAAACACUAUAGCUUUCUUGAGCCCCCUAUUUAUAAUUUAUAAAAGUGCAAAAUUAUAUUUAAAUUUCUAUACUUUUUGUAAAAUGCCAAAAAAAAGUGGACAUAGUCUCCAUACAUAAAGCACUUCAUCAAGCUUAAGUGGUUUAGGGGUUUGGAUGGUCCCUUUAAAGACAUAUUACUAUGAGUGUUAUUGCUGUGGAGCUCUGUUAUACACCCGGACUUAUCAACAAUAUGAAACUCCAUAGAAAAGAGAGACACUUGGAUGGAAAAGAGGGACAGAGGGAUUUGGGCCCCAGAUAGGGACUGUGCCUCCUAAAUAAGGACCCUAGGGACAUAAGAGUUUUAAUACACUCUCAAACCAAUGUUUGUAUAUAUGCAUGUGACCUUUUUAAUACUACGCCUAUGAGUAAUAUUCUUUAUGCACCUAGGCCUCAAUUUAAUAUUUUGGGGUACAUUUUUCAAAUGAUUAAAUAUUUUUGGAUAAACUUUUAAAAUUAUUUUUCAAAAUAUUAGAAUAUUAAAAUAUGCAAAAAGCUAUAGCAUAAAAAUAUUUUUCUACUCGUAAAGCGUGGCAUGGACUGUCUAAUUAUCUGAAGGGAAGACCACACAAGGGAGUCGGCUGAACAACUGGCAUGUCCAGGGGGACUCUGACAAGCAGAACAUCAGCUACAUCUGCAAAUAUCGACUAUAACAGUUGCCCAUAGAUUUGUUUUCCUUUGGCCUGUUGCAUUUAUUUUAUUUAGAUAAUGACAAUACCAAGCCAACAAGUAACCCCCCUUGUGGAGCUUCUUAACGUUGUCAGCAACCCAUAACUACUAGCCCCGAGCUGACCAAACAAUCUCAAUGGCCUCAGUGGGUUAACCCUACCCUCUACAUGACACAAUACUAAUCUUACCAGCUCACUAACAUAACCAUGUAGUGUAACAAGAAGUGCAAACCGGUUGUAUGUUCUAUUUUAAGUGCGUACCUGUACAUCUAUUUUUUUUUUUAAUUUGACAAUUUGUAUUGUUUCACCAGAUGAGAUCAACAUACAACAUGAUGAUCAACGCUGACAUUGCCAUGUAUAAACAUGUAUUUGAAAAUUGGUGCAAGAAUAAGUCAUAUGGAUCAAAGAGUACUUAGUUAUCUUCACAUUACAUGAACCAAGGUGUUUUCACUAAACAACAGAAUGUGAGAAAGAAAGAAAGAUCAGAGAGUAGGAGCAUACAGUUGUCCCAAGGAGGGGACAGGGAAAGUAGCAGGAUAGAGAGGUAAAGAAAGAGGGAUCAGAGGAGAGGGGGGACGGGAGCUGCCAGGAGGAGGGGUGAGGUUAGGUGGGUAUAGGCGCAAAUCUCAGGCAUCCCUUCAGUCUGCCUCCGUGUUGUAUUAUCCCAGUUUCGGCCAUUGUGAUCUCGUAUAGGGUUAUAGCUCUUAGCGAUUGGAUGUUUGUUUGUUAUUGUUUGUUUGUUAUAAUUCGAAAUUAUGGGUUUGUUUAUGUUCCGUUCUUAAGAAACUCAACCCAUAUCUCUUUGGCCUUCGCGAGCACCAGUUUAUGUCUGAAUUGGUGUUGGUGUAUGGUCUCAUACAUCCAGCUGAGUGUGAUUUGGUGUAUUAAAUGGGUGAAAUUUGAGCACUUUAUGGAUUUCUACUGUCUAGGUACCAAAGGGUAGCGUAUGUUAAAGAAGCGCUAGUUGGGUUUUGGGCAGUCUGUCGGGCAGGAUGCAUAGCAAAUAUAUCUCGGGCCUAGGGGCCACUUGGGCAUGUGUUACAUCUGAUAUAAAUCUAGUCACUUUGAUCCAGAAAGGUCGGAUCAUGGGACAUGUCCACCAAAUGGGAAUCAUUGACCCCACUGCCUUGUCACACCUCCAGCACGUGCUGGGAGAGUUUGCCUAGAUCUUAUGUAUCCUCUCCAGUACCAAGUACCAGCGGUAUAGGAUUUUCCUUUGGAUUACCAGGUGUUGAGCACAGGAUGUGAGGCCUUUGUGUAUUGUAAAUGCCCUCUUCCAUUGUGAAGCACGGAUCACAAACCCCACUUCUCUAUUCCAUAGCUCCUUGUAUGACUCGUGUGGUGGUGUUUGAAUGUGUAACAGUAGGUUGUAGCAUCUAGACAAUGGUCUUUGAGAAGAUUUGGGUGUCAUGCAGGCGGUUUCGAAUUCUGAUAUGUUAUCAGUGGCAUUUUGUGUAGGCCUUACUGGUGUAUUAUCUGAUACGAGUGAUUUUAACUGAAGGUAGGGAAGUAUGAGUCUGGAAGGGAGGUUAUAUUGCUCUGGCAAGUGUGGGAAUGGUUUGAGGCAAUGCUCUUGAUACAACUGCAGAACGUGCGUUAUACCUCUGUCUAUUCAAGUUUUUGGGUUGAAUGCUGGGAUUGUGAGAUUAAUGGCUUGUAGAGGCAUCACCAUUGGUAUGUUGGGGUAGUCAGUCAAUGACUUCCGCACCCCGUUCCAUGUGUUCAUAAGUAACCGAGUGGUUGUAAGGCAACCGUUAGUUUUUGGUCUCUGUCUAUGGUCUAUCCUAAAUAUUAGGUGCAGUGAGGUGAGUUUUAUCCAAUACUCUUCAAUUCCAGUCCAUUGUGGACACGGGGUUUGCAGUGCAGGGUGAAUAUCGUACUCAACAAUGCUGCUUUGUGUUACUGUUGUUGAUUCGGUAUCCCCAGCCCCCCUCAGUCACCGGCCUAUGCAGGACUUUUGUGGAAACUCUAACUUUUUUGUUUUGCAAUAUAAAUUUCAGAAAUUAUCUCAAAAGCGACUAUACAUCCCUAAGUGCUGUUUGUUUUUAUGUUUUAGAAUCUAGCUGUAUCCCAAUCUUUGUAUUAUUCAUCUGAAAUAACAGAGGCGUUAGUGGGGAAGGCCUCUUGGGAAGCUGUUUGUACCGUACUAAGCUAAGUACAUUUGCUUUGUUGGGGGCUAGAGCACUUGUUUAUUUGUUUCAUAAGGUUGAACAGUGAUAUAGCCAGUUGUGUCAGUGUAACUAAGAUGUCAUCUGCAAAAAAAUUAAGUUUAUAGUGUUUGUCAGAGUUUACCGUGAAUAUUAGAGUCUGCCUGAAUUUUUGCCGCUAAGGGUUCCAGCGCCACACAUAGAGCAGAGGGGACAAGGGGCAGCCCUGCCAAGAACCAUUGGUAAUGUUGAUACUGUUGGAUAAGAAUCCCGCGUCUAAAACUUGUACUGUGAGUUUACCAUAUAACGCCCUCACAGGCGCAAUAAAUUGCUCCGGGAAGCGGAAUUUGUGUAGCACCCCAUGAAUGAACAUCCAGUUCAGACUGUCAAAGGCCUGCUCUGCAUCAAGGGACACGAAGAGGCCCCCGAAUCCUAGUUUGCAAGUGCUGUAAAGUGAGGUGUAAGACCUUGCCGAUGUUGUCCGAUGCCUGUCUCCCCCCCCGAUCAUCGUAUAUCAGUUUCGGAAGGAUAUGUUGUAAUCUGUUGGCUUGGAUUUUUGCAAAAAGUUUGGCGUCUGUGUUGAAUAGGGAUAUAGGGCAGAAGUUCUGACAUAUUGUAGGGGAUUUGCCUAGUUUUGGAAGUGUGAUAAUAUGGGGUUGUAGGAGUUCAGCGGGCAGUUUGUGAGUGUCAAUUGCGUGUCAAUUGCGUGGUUGAAGAGUUGGCAAAGCCGUCCAGGCCUGGGGCUUUCCCUGCCAAGAGGGUCUUUAUAGUAUCGUCAACCUCUUUUCUCAUGAUAAGGGCUUCCCAAUGCUCUGGUGUGAGAAAUGGAAGUUGGGUGUCCUGUAAAUAAUAAUCAAUGGUCUCUGCCGACAUAGUAGGGUUUGAAUGUUGUUUUUUGAAAUUAUAUAACGACUAAUAAUAGGCCGCAAAUGAAUUGUUGAUAGCUUUAGGAGCUAUGUUUUCUUCUCCUGUAGCUGUUUGGACAUAUGCUAUUUUAGAGGUGGCUUUCCUGUCUCUGAGUCUUUGAGUGAGGACUCCACUCAUUCUGUUCCCUUGCAAGUAAUGUGUGGCUUUGAGUUUUUGCAUUGAUAGUGCCACCUUUCGGAGCGUGAACGCUUGUAGGUGGUUUUGUGCCUCUUACAUUUUGUGGAUUAACUCCAUGGAUGGAGUCAGUUGGUUUUGUUUGUUGAGGUCGUGCAAUGUUUUGUACCAUUUAAUGUAUUAGGCGGGCCAGGCUUGUUUAAGAAAGUGUGCUCUCCUAAUUAGUUCCCCCCUUAAUAACAGAUUUGUGCGCUAACCAAGUCAUCUCUGGAGAUUAUUAUUAUUAUGAUAUUUAUAGAGCGCCGUCAAAUUCCGCAGUGCUUUACAAUGGGUGGACGAACAGACAUGUAGUUGUAACCAGACAAGUUGGACACACAGGAACAGAGGGGUUGAGGGCCCUGCUCAAUGAGCUUACAUGCGAGAGGGAGUGGGGUAAAAUGACACAAAAAGGUAAGGAUAGUAUUAGACUAGUGACAGUUGCAGAAGAUAAAUCAGUCAGGAGCUAUUAACAGUUUAAUUGAUACGCUUUUAUGAAGAAGAGAUGCAUCCGAUAGAGUGUUUUCCCUGAAGUAGUUGGUAAGGGAAUCUUCUAUGUGUUUGGUGAAUGUAGGGUCAUGCAACAGGGUUUCGUUUAGACGCCUUGGUCCCUUGUUAUGGCUAUUGAAUUUGUGUUUCAAGUCUAAGGUUAAGGGGGCGUGGUCUGACUAUGUAAUGGUCGUUAUGGUGCUAGCUAGCACCUGAGUAAGAUGUUGUCCCUCAACCAGAAAUCUAUCGAUAUGGGUGUAGGAGUUAUGCACUUGUGAGAAGUACGUACAGUCCCUCUCGUUUGGAUGAAGAACUCUCCAUGUGUCGUAUAGGUUGUGUUCGCCCAGCAGUUUUUGGUAUGUUUGGCAAGUUUGUGUGUUAUGUGUUUGUAUCGGAGCUGUCAGUCCCCUGGAGGAAUCUAGUCUGGGAUCUUAAAUGUGGUUAAAGUCCCCACAUACUAUCAACAUUCCCCUCCGUUUUGGAGAUGAUUUUGUGGAGGAAGUUAUGUUGUUCCGAGUUAGGAGCAUAUACAUUGACUAUAGUAUAAUCAAUAUCGUGCAUGGUACAUGUUAAGAUAAUAUACCGGCCAGCCGUAUCUGAGGUGUUCAUGUUCUGUAAAACCUCAGUUGCUUAAUAUGGAGACCCCUUUUGGUUUGGAUUUAGCCAUUGCAUUGUAUUGAUGCAGAUAGACUAGGGGUUUAAGGCAAGGGUGCUUCGUCAGGUGUGUCUCCUGGAAGCAUACCACGUCUGGUGAAGUCUUGUAAAGGUCACGGUACAGGUGAUGGUGUUUUACUGGGGUGUUCAGCCCCCUAACAUUAUGGCUAAGAAUUUGCAUUAUUGGAUGUGUAACGAGGUAUGUGCUUUGUGUCCCUGCCAGUUGAUCCAGUGGUUCCCCGCGUCUCGCCCCCAGGAGGCUCGUCGGUGGGAACCCUGGAUAGUACAAUGAGUGUAGAGGAGGUAAUUAGUGUGUCUGGGCUACAUUCUACCUUAGUCACAUCAGUCUUGUCGAGAUUUGACCAGAUCACGAGGCAUGUCGCACCCCAAUGCACUCGGUCCUCAUCCAGUGGUAGAUAGGCAGUGUUGGAUAUCCCUUAGCUAGCAUCGGGAAGGGCAGAGAGGGGGCGGAAGAAUAGAACAGUUAGAGAAAGAAGAAGAUAAAGAUCGCAGAUUGCGGUGGAAACCGCUAUGCCUGGAAUGGGCUCAGUGUCUGCAGUAGGCACUGUGAAGGUUGGCAACUGGAAAUAAUUGUGCAUCAAACAAUAAUCAAUAGAUCACAGGCAACUAGCCCAUUACAUAUACUCAUGGGUACCUAAUGAUCCGAACCAAAACAUAAAACAUUAACAAGUGACAGUUUUGGAGCUUCUGAGUCACUAUAGAGUAUAGAGUGUUGCACUCUUAGCAUUUUUUAGUAAGGUCGUUAAUGUUCCUUAGGGAUUAGGGUCUUAGGGGGGCCCAGGUUAUGCGGGCCAUGGUGUUACUCCACCUGGGGGGUUGUGUUAGCUUUGCCAGAUUGCAGCUUGAGUGUGAGGCUUAUUUCAGACUCCGUAAGGCUGUGGAGGCUGUGAGUAACAUGAAGGAAUUGUGAGACCCCUCCGAGUAGUGCGUUACAAUCAUGAUACCACCCAAUUCCCCCCUUCGCUUCCCCCAAAACCUGUAAGCAAUUAAACAUCGUCAUUUGUGGUACCGGUUCCACUUGCUUUACUGUCCUCAAAAUCAGCUAUUUUUAGGUUGGAUGCUGCCAGUUGUUUCUCUAGAUCUUGGACAUGGUCAGCCAUGUAAUUAUAGGCUUCAGCGUAUUCACCCAUGCGGUGCUCGAUAUGCGCUGUUCUCUCCUGCAGCUCUUGUAGAUCUUUUCGCAGUUCCUUAAUGGAGGAUUGAAUGUUCCUUAGCAGUUUUUCGGACAUUUCCUCCAGGCAUGCCUUGAGUAUGUCUUGUGUGACCGGCAUGUUUCCUGGGUCAGGCGAUGCCUGUAAGGGCAGUGUAUCGUCCCCGCCGCCAUAUUGGUCAACCUCGUGUGGGACUGAGGCCUUAGCUUAAGCCGGUCGGGCCGCAAAGAAGCCAGGCUUGUCUCCCCGCUCGGGGUGCUUCUUACCCUUCUGCUGGGCCAUGUUAUGGAGGUAUGUAUCGGCUAUUAUCGGGUUGGAUUGUAGUGUUAAGUCGCUUUUGAGCUAGUCUGGAAGCGGAGCUCUAGUGCAGUGCGACCAUCCGCUUCAGCGUUCAUGCCACACCCCCUGUACAUCUAUUUUAAGCAUCCUAUAAUACCUAACAUGCUCGAUGUUAACCCUGUCUCUAUUUCACUAAGCGCAUUAUGUUAAUCAUCCACAGUGCAUGUAGCCUGCGUCUCUCAUGACCCACUGUUUAACUUAAUUUGUACUGUGUAAGACUCUCUGAUUUAACGGAUAAACUGCGCUGAACUAUCUGUUAACUACUAUGCAUCACCAUAUAGAAUAGCUUGUUAUUCCUAGUUUAUCUUUACAUAAAACGUGAAAAAAUGAGACAGUUUGUUUGAGAGUUAAUAUGUCAUCUACAGAAUUGGAACAUGUAUACUUGCCUUAACUCCACUUUUCUUUUCUGUGCUGAAUAACAUAAAGUCUCAACAAAAUAAAGAUUUAAAAAAAAAAAAAGAAAUUCUAAAAUAUUACAUCGUUUGAAAUGUUAUCCUAUUGUUUUGAGAUUUUUCUGAACAAGGCCCUAUAAUCAAGGCCCAAAAAAAGCAAAUUGCUAGUUUACACAGUUCAGAAACCCUUUAUUUUGGCUUUUGUCCAUUACUAAGUUAACAAACUAUAUCUCAACCACAUAUUGAUACGUUCAAAUAUUUUCUAAUUUCAGGUGUUCCAGUAGAAAGUAUCAAAGCAUGUCUGGGUGAAGAACUCUUUAGAUUAUGCUAUGAUGAAGAUGAACAUAUUUUGGAAGUAGUGGCAGGCACGUUGAAGGACUUCUUAAACAGCUUCAGUACUCAUUUGAAGCAGAGUGGCCAAUCGUGGUCACAGGAAAAGAGUAGUGGACUAGAGGAAGGCUCAAUUUUGUGCUUGGAAAAAGAUCAAGAUUUCUUAAAUGUGUACUAUUUUUUCCCUAAGAAUAUAACUAUAUUAAUCCUACCUGGAAUAAUUAAAGCUGCAGCAUAUAUUAUGUAUGAAACUGAAGUGGAAGUGAAGUUGAUUCCGCAUUGUUUUAGUGAAGGCAACGAAUUUAUUAAGGAACCCUACUUACUGUACUCUGCUCAAAUGAAAAAUAUUCGCCCCUCCUUAUCACCUUGUAAACCACAGUCAUAUGUUGUUAUUUCUGCUCCAAUUUUCGCCAAGACUUUUCCAUUUCAUUUUAUGUUUGAUAAGGAUAUGACCAUGUUACAGAUUGGAAAUGGUGUGAAGAAACUGCUUAACAAAAGGGAUAUACCUGGGAAAACCAGCUUUGAAGACCACUUUGAUAUACUUUCCCCUAAAAUAAGAAGCACAUUUAGUGGGAUCAUGACAAUGUUGAAUAUGCAGUUCAUUAUAAGAAUAAAACGAUGGGACACCACUAUAGAAGAAGCAUCAAAGGUGAGAUAAAAAUUAAGCUGCAAUAAUAAUGUUUUACGUCAAAUAAAUAAAUGUAAUGCUCCAGUUAACGUGAUGUGGAAGCCAGUCAUGUGUCCUUCUGUACCAGUGUAUAUAACCAUUAACAAGAAAUCAGGGCCUGGUGCUGAUAAUUAUAAUAAGUCUUAUUACAGAAUCUUAUCAACAGAAAACAGUAAAGUAGUCAUAUCUCCAAAGUGUCUUUGGAGGAGGUGCCAGAAGGAAAUUCACCAAAUGUAUUUAUAAAAUACACAUAUCCUACACUAAUCUCUUGCUUUCAUCUCUCAAACCUAUCCAUACCCCCAACAUUGGUGUCUUGAGUAGCGUAAACUGGUGGACAUGGUAAAAGUAGGUAAGACGGUGAUGCAAAUCACAUCACAAGCACCACCCAAAGGGGCAAACCCGGCUGGAAAGGAGUCAGGUCUGCCUGAAGGACAGUGGCGUCGCUAGGGGGGCGCCAGAGGGUGGAAGGGGUUUUCAAUCACAAUUUUUCCCCACCAUAACCUAUUUGGAUUUUGCUUCCCAAGCACUACCAAGCCUCAAUAAGCAGCCAGUAACCAACCUCAUGCUGAAGAGUUGCAUUAACAACGAAACAGCUGUCCAUGAGUGGUUCACUGGUUUUGCAUCUUUUCCUAAAUUGUGUUCCAAGCAGUUGUAUACUGCAAACACAGAUUAAAAGGAAUCCAUGUUUAAAAUGGAAUGAGGCAAAAAUAUCAUUCUUUGUUAAACAAAUUUGCAUAUGCCCACCCAGAAUCCUUUGCGGUUGUAACAUCACUGCAGAUUUGGGAUUUCUGUGGGAAAAGCAAGUCUUAUGGCUUGACUGGUGUGCAGAUUUUUGUUUAACAUUGUAUUAACUAUAUAUAUAUAUAUAUAUAUAUAUAUAUAUAUGUAUAAAUAUAUAUAUAUAUAUAUAUAGUAAAAAACUAUUAAAGGUACACUCUUAUGUAGCAAAAUGACUUCAUCUUAAUGAAGUGGUUUUGGUGCAUAGAUACUGUCCCUUUUUUCAGGCAAAGUUAAAUAUUUGUCCGAAACCUAAAUGCACAGAGGUUGCUUUGAGGCGAUGGAUCCAGUAAUGGAAUAAAGCGGAGUUUUAUAGUAAUUUUUACUUUUUUUCUUUUAGUAUGUAUUAAGUGCUUUUUUAUAUUUUAACAAUAUGAAUGCUAUUGUUUUUGAAUACUUAUUUUGCAGAUUGUUCAGGAGUUUCUUGAGCACACACAAGGGAAUGAGUUAAUUAAACCACCAUUUUCAAUUAAAACAAGAAAUUACGAUUACUUUAACACUUCGAGAGUUUAUGCUGUAUAAAUGCAUUGAAAGCGCAGAUGUGCAAAUUAGUUCAUAAUGCAUUUUGAAUUAAUAUCCAUGCCCUGAGUCAAUGCACAUAUUAUAAGACUGCAGUCUUUCAUGGUUUACUUGUGUUUUCAACAUUUUAGCUAUAAUUCAGCACCUCAUUAUAUUUGGAGUACACAUAAUCCAUAAUGAAUUCUGACAGGUUUGUAGUCAGUGUCAGGCUGACUUCCACUGAGUCUUGGGUUUUUGAAUUAUAUUUUUAUUUGAAUGUUUUUUGAAAAUGACAUUUUAAAUGACAGCUAAUGUGGCAACUUGCAUAUUUUGAGCCUGGAAAAAUGGAUAAUUUGCACAUUACAUAUAAAAGAGGAUUUUCAUUUUUUUUCUACAUGUCAUUAAUCUUGUGCUAUUUGGGUUUGUAGCAGAGUGCGUGAUACAAUAUUAAUAGUAGAAAACAUUUCAUAUGUGACAAGAGUCCUGCAUGCCAAUAGUCCAGGUUGACAAAUAUUGACAUUUCAGCCCCUCAAAAUGACACCAUCUUGCUUUUAUGUCUUAAAUAGAUAAUAUAGAUAGCUUUGUGUUGUAAGGCAGUAUUACAUACAAAGAACUUCAUAUCAUGCAUGUUUGAGAGGGAACUAGACUGAUCUCUGAGCUGCAUCCAGGCCUCAAAAAACCUUUAGCGUCUACUAGCCGAGGAGACUCGGAUUAGUCAGAGUUGAAAUUUGUCAGGAACUCGAACGAUUCUGUGUUAUUUUGAAAAAUCUGAACUGUAUCAGUUAACAAGAACUGAAAAAUGUUAGUAACCAGUCUCACUUAACAAUAACUUUGAAUCAGUAAUUUAUAGUUACUGUAAUUUACAGUUUACAGGCACAUAGAAUCCUUUAUUUUAGGGCUUUCUCAGCUAUUUCGGAUCGAUCCAAAGUUUUCCAACCGACCCAAAAUUUAAAAAACAAACCAUUAAAUUGUCGACCAAAAAUUACUAAAAAGUUUUUAAAAUUCUAACUGUAUCAAUUUGGAAGAAUUGAAACGGUCCACAAAUCUACUGUCUAUCUCCCAACCCCUUGCUCUGCUGAUCAACAGGGGCCUGGAGAGUUCGAUGAUGGAGUUAUAUGAUGUACAACAUUGUGAUAUUUUCUAUGUAUUUAAGAAUUUUUUUGAAACAUAAUGCGUAUACUAAAAUGACAGAAUUUGCCUUUUAUUUAUUUUAAAUUUAACAAUUUAUCUGCCAAGUGAUUUUCUUCACCAUAAUGUACCCUUGCAGCCAGGCAGUACUGAUUUUUAUCUUGACAACUCUAGAAAUCUCUGAUACCUUUACCUGGGUCAGUGGCAUGCAGACAUUGAAUCGUUUUAGGACACAGUUAAUAAUAAAAGACAAGAAGAAGUCCUUACACAGGAGUUUAUAUUUGUCAGCUGUUCUUCUGUACCUUACAAACCUUGAUUACUCGUAUGUCUUUUCCAAAUAAAUAAAAAUAAAAAACAAACAUUGCAUGUAGUGCCAUAACCUUUGUCUGGAAAUCCAGGUGGAGGUGUUGAAAGCCUCAACUGGCCGUGGCUGACUGUACAUUUUUCAUAAGUCCUCCAUUGUCAUUUUAUUACUUUUGGCUGCACUUACAUGUACAAUACAGUUGUUCAUAUUUCUUUUGCACUUGAAACAUAUUAAUGGGUAAAAUCAGAAUAAUAUCAGUGCUUAGUAGAUAUUUCCUUGUAGUCCAAAAUAGGGAAACCGCAUAAAAUGCAGGAAUAUUAUAAUAAAUGUAAGAGUUUGAAUGUCAAUUAAUAGAAGGAUAUGUCCACAUUUAAUCUGGAAUUGUAACUGCUUUUCAAAUCUUGCAGUUGAAGUCUGUGUCCCUCUAUGUAACUUUUAUGUCCCACCUUUAAUCAAAGAAACACUGACAUAGCAUAAUAUAGUUAGAAAAAUGUAUUCCCUUUUGAAACAUACCCCCACAAGAGAAACCCUUACACAAUUUAGUUGUUUAGUUUAGUUUAUUUCUAAGUGCCACUACAAAAGCCUGAGUGUAACAGUUACAAGCCAGAGUAGAUGUAGUUACCGCUCCGUUGACAGUUGCUGACAGACCGGUCCUGUGCACUCCGACCGAUGUCUCCCUGGAGCGUCAGCUAUCACGUACUGCCGAACUCGCCUUCACAAUUUCAAAUGCUCAAAACCCGCCAAACACGAUCUAUGCGUUUCGCCCAUUAGAUCGGGCUUUUUCAAGAUAAAGUGUUGGGGGAUUGAAGCUGAAUAUAUACACCAUCUAAUUGUACACCUCAGGUGUAUAACAUAAUCUAAACCUUCCUGCUCAUAUGGAACUCAAAUAUACAAAUAAUCAACAUAGUCUUUUCAAUUUUGCUCGUUACAUUCGUGGGUGGCACAGUAAACGCAGUAAACUUUACAUACUUUCAUUUACAGCAGAACUGACAAUUACUUACUUAUAUUCGGCUUCUGGGUUAAAUAGCUAUACUUCAAAAGAUAAUUGCGUCUGUAUAUCAAAAAGAUUUAGUCCGUUUAUAGAAAAGACCUAUGUGUAAAUGUGAGUUUCUAUGUUCAUGGUUUUUUUACUGCUCCUCCUCUUUUUCCCUCUCUUGAUCUAUGAAAGCAACGUACCUAAUAUCUGUACAUAAUAUUUAUAUUUUGCUUUACACUGAUUGGCCCAUUUUUGUGCUCCUUCAUUUCAUCUAAAUUAUUUUUCCCAAAACUAUUGAAUGGAUGAAAUAUGUCUGAACCAAAACGCCAUGUGAACAAAUAAAUCAAUUCGGCCAAAACAAACUAUUUCGUCUUGAACAAGUCUAUUAAUAUUGGGAAAUGCUUAGUCUAGAGGAAUUUCCUAGAUAACUAGGGAAAUUAUUCUGCAGCUAUAUCUCAAAGAAAACAGCAAACUGUGAUUAAAAGAUCUCUGUGGCUCUGCUUGAAAGCAGGUGGCCCAACAGAAUGCUGAAAAUAUGGCAGCUGCACCCUUCUCAUGUAUUUAAAUCUGCCAAACAUUGUAUGCAUUUUCUGGAGUAGGACCUAUCCAGCUGGACCAAUACAUAACUAAGCUUUUGGAAGACUAUAUGCUUCAAGUGUUGGAGGAAUGGUUAUACUCCACGGUGAUGAAGAAAUGGUAAGGGAGUCCAGAUAUCAUGAGAAUACACUGAAACCUAAUGCUAAUUAUUAUGAGAAUGAAAAUGAUGCAGAUUGUGAGAAGGAUAUUUGCUUUGCUUACAUUACAGUCAAGCAAUAGAAAAAUGUAAGGUCUACCUGGGUAUCUAGCUAAGUAGUCACCUUAGCAGUAUUAAUAAAAAUAAGUUAAUAAAGGCCAAAUAUUUAGAACAAUACCAACCAGUUCUGAAGAAGUAUACCAUCAGACUCACAUUGUCUUGAAACCCAUUAUGAUUUGUGCAGUAAAUUUUUUCCAUGAAUGAAAAUCUAUUGGUCAUUUAGAUACAAUGGACUUUCCUUAAAUAUAUUUUAUCUUUUAUUGUUUUUUAAAAUAAAUCUGUAAAAGAGACAACGGUGAACAUGAAAAGAUUGCAUGACUUGUCUACUCAUCUGUAAAAUAAGGGGAAAAUUGAAGGAAGGAUCCAGCAUAUUCAGAUCUAUCUGGCAUUCCAAUUUUUCCAGCCUCCUGAAACAUUUGCAAAAGAUUUGGCCUUUGCUGCUGCUGCUGAAAAAGUACUAUAUUUGGAAUCUCUAUAUUUCCUGAUUAAACUGCAAGCUAUUGAUGUUGCAAACAUAAAAUUUUCGGUUCGCGAACGGCGAACGCAAACUUCCGAAAAUGUUCACGAACCGCCAUAGACUUCAAUAGGCAGGAGAAUUUUGAAACCGACAGGGACUCUUUCUGGCCACAAUAGUGAUGGAAAAGUUGUUUCAAGGGGACUUACACCUGGACUGUGGCAUGCCGGAGGGGGAUCCAUUGCAAAACUCCCAUGGAAAAUUACAUAGUUGAUGCAGAGUCUGGUUUUAAUCCAUAAAGGGCAUAAAUCACCUAACAUUCCUAAAUUGUUUGGAAUAACGUGCUUUAAACCAUCAGGUAUGAUGUUGUAUCGAUCAGGUAGUGUAAGGGUUACGCCCGCUUCACAGUGACAGACCAAACUCCCCGUUUAACGCACCGCAAACAACCGCAAACAGUCCAUUUGCACAACCGCAAACUCCCCAUUUGCACAAGGUUGGAUACCAAGCUAGCCAUGUCCCGUUCCUUGUCCUCACUGAUGUCAUUGAAGGUCUCUUCCUCCACCCAGCCACGUACAACACCAAGGGUCCCCGAAAGGUGACAACAAGCCCCCUGGGACGCCUGCUGUGUUUGGUCUUCCACCUCCUCAAAGCCACCUUCCUCCUCUGACUCCUCUUCUUCAGACUCCUCUCUCUGCGUUGCCUCUCUCUGCAUUAUUAUAAGGUGUGUUAAGUAGUACUAUUCCUAUCAGUUUAAUCCCUGUUACGUCCCCUAUCAGGGGACGUGUAUAUGGCAUCGAUUUUAGGAACCGGGAGAUGGAAAAAGAUGCUUGGUCGGUCCUCCUUCUUCAAAUUUGGGGCACUGCGCGUGCAAUCUAAUGUGCCACCAGAUAGGAGUGGUGUGUUAAGUAGUACUAUUCUUAUCAGUUUAAUCCCAAUGUCACGACUACUAGUGUGGUCCAGCACGCAGAAACUAUGUAAACAUAUACAUAGGCAAGAAAAGGAAAAUAAAAGGACAGAGCGUAAACCGGACCUUAGAAUGGCCGGACUAAUAUGCUAGAGACAGAGAAUGGUCAAAGGGAAAGCCGAGGUCAAGGAAGCCAGAAAAUACACAAUACCGUUUACACAAGCCAAGUCAGGGAAACCAGAAUUCAGAAUAACCAGGGAAAAGCCAAGAUCAGAAUACCAGGAAAUCAGAUUCACAAUGAUAAAGCACUCUCAGGAAACCAGGAACAGGAAACCACGACAGGGCAAGGUACUGGGGUGAGCUAGGGAUUUAAAUAUCAAGCGGCAGGCCGGCAGCCGCGACACCCUGUUACGUCCCCCUCAUCAGGCCUUUUUUAGUUGAAUGUAUCGCCCACUGUCAGUCCCUUCGGGAUCCAUCCCUCAUUCAUCUUAAUAAAGGUGAGGUAAUCUAGACUUUUUUGACCUAGGCGACUUCUCUUCUCAGUGACAAUACCUCCUGCUGCACUGAAGGUCCUUUCUGACAGGACACUUGAAGCGGGGCAGGCCAGAAGUUCUAUCGCAAAUUGGGAUAGCUCAGGCCACAGGUCAAGCCUGCACACCCAGUAGUCAAGGGGUUCAUCGCUCCUCAGAGUGUCGAUAUCUGCAGUUAAGGCGAGGUAGUCUGCUACCUGUCGGUCGAGUCAUUCUCUGAGGGUGGAUCCCGAAGGGCUGUGGCGAUGCGUAGGACUUAAAAAGCUCUGCAUGUCCUCCAUCAACAACACGUCUGUAAAGCGUCCUGUCCUUGCCGGCGUGGUCGUGGGAGGAGGAGGAUUACUUUCACCUCUUCCCCUGUUAGAUUCCCAUUGUGCUGUGACAUCACCCUUAUACGCUGUGUAAAGCAUACUUUUUAAUUGAUUUUGGAACUGCUGCAUCCUUUCCGACUUGCCGUAAUUCGGUAACAUUUCAGGCACUUUCUGCUUAUACCGGGGGUCUAGUAGCGUGGACACCCAGUACAGGGUUCUCCUUCAGCCUUUUUAUACGAGGGUCCCUCAACAGGCACGACAGCAUGAAAGACCCCAUUUGCACAAGGUUGGAUGCCGAGCUACUCAUGUCCUGUUCCUCGUCCUCAGUGAUCUCACUGAAGGUAUGUUCUUCCCCCAGCCACGUACAACACCACGGGUACCAGAUAGGUGACAACGAGCACCCUGGGAUGCCUGUUGUGGUUGGUCUUCCUCCUCCUCCUCAAAGCCACAUUCCUCCUCUGCAAAAAAUGUAGAUAAAGACCAGCGCUUAUUUUGUCAGAUUUUGAUAUACAAAUGUGUGAAAGUAACUUAAAACUAGCUGCUGAACAUUCGUAUAAUGCCUUCCAACAAUACAAACAAAAUAUACAAAGAAAAAGAAGAAUGUAGCGAUUAUAUGGUAAAUCAAUAAAUUGUCGCUUUUUAGCAAUUCCAGAGGAGUUGGUGUACUUGAAUAACCAGCAGAUAAAUACCUAAAAAGGAAAUAAUCGAAUAUAGUGCAGAUGGUAUAUCACUGAAUAAUAUUUAAAGUAAAAAUUAUUUAUAAUAAGUAGUUUUCAAUAAUUAAUUGAUGUAAAUUUCAAAUGGAUAGAAUAGUAUUAUUGUUUGUUACCUUGGAUUAAAAUGAUAGCAUGUAUCUUGAGAGAAUAGUAACAUUGUUACAUAAUUAGCUUUGUGUAGCUGUUGUAACGAUAUUAAAGAAUGAAGAGGAAAUAUAAAAAGUUCGCUGUUUAGUGCAGCUAUUUGAGACUUAUAGCAAUUAGAUGUAGUCAGCUCAUUAUGACCAAUGCAGGAUAAGGAGUGAUAAAGACUCUAGAUUUAUCCCAUAAAUUAUUUAUGGAUAAAGGGUUUAAAAUUAAAUUCCUCUGGAGAUGUUUUAAAGUGUUAUUAAAAUUACCUUUUCUGGAGUUCAUAGUAAGUCUUUCUAAUGCCUGAAAGGUUAGAUGUGUGGGAUCUCCAUUAUGAAAUUUUAUAACAUGAUUAGAGAUUGGAGUUGACACAUUAGGAUUCGUUAUUGAGCAAACAUGUUGUAGGAUUCUUCGUCUAAGCUGUUGGUAUGUUUUGCCAGUAUACUGAACCCGACAACGGCAUGUUAUCAGGUAGACCACUUGUACAGAGCCACAAUAAAUAAAUUAUUUGAUCUUAUGUUCUUUCUGAGUUCAUGUGCUCAUGACUGAUUUUGUGGCUUUAAUAAAUUUACAGGCCUUACAAUGGCUGCAUUGAUAUGUUCUCUGUGUUAGCCAUGUGGGUUGUGGUUUUAUUGGUUCAUUUAAAGCCAAUUUCCGACCAAAGAAGUUUGUAUCCUUGAUCCACUCAAAUAUAUCACUGCUUGGUGUGGGUAUAAAAGAAAGGACCAGUGCCCAAAAGGGAGGAGUGAUGUGGUUGGAGGGUAAAAUUUGAAAGGUUGACUAUCUGGUUUAAGUUGUUGUUCAUUAGAUCUGGUUUAUUCCUCUGUCUUGUUUGUACCCCCAUCAUCUUCUAUCUAUAAAUCUGCCUCUCUGUGGAAGGGGCCAAUCCUCCUCUAAAAAAGAUGAUGUCAUGGUUGUAUCUAUUCUUGUUGUAGUUUCAGUAGUAGCUGCAUCAGGAGUAUCUGGGAAAGUCACAUUUCUAUUCGUAUUUUUUAAGAUGUUUUUGUAGGAUUUGGAGUAGUCUCUAUUAUGUUGCUUUCUGUUAGGUCUAGAAUGUACAAGUUGGUCCCUCAGAUUCUUAGAUCUGUGUGCUGUUAUAUUUGGAAACUUGCAGAUGUUAUCUUGUAGAUCAAUGUCAUGUUGUAGAAUUGGCCAAUUGUGGGACAUGAUGUUUAACACAGGAUCCCAAUAUUGGUCAUAAGUACCCACACAUCUAAUUAGUUUUUGUACCUCCUUGGGUCUCAUGGCUCUCAGACGUUCAUCUCUAUUUUGGGCCAGUGCUCGUUGAAAUGCCUUUUUUUACGAUUCUAUCUGGAUAUCCUUUUUGUUUGAGCAUAGUUCUUAAUUUCUUUGCUUCAUCUAAGAAGGCCUUAUCAUUUGAGCAAUUUAGUCUGGCCCUCAGAUGUUGUCCAUAUGGUAUUCCUGACAAAAGCUUGGUUGGAUAGUGGCUAGUCCAGUGAAGCAAUCUAUUUGUUGCUAUGCUUUUUCUGAAGAGUUCUGUUUCUAUCCUCCCAUCCUCCUAUAUUUUUAUGUUUAAGUCAAGGAAAACUAGGUGUUCUGCAUCAAUAACGUAUGUAGGUUUGAGGCCCAGCCAGAAAAUCAGUAUAUCAUCUAUAUAGCGAUGCCAGCUAUAGAUAAAUGUCCCUUAGUGAUCUUUGAUGGUUUCUUCUAGAAUAGUCUCUUCCCACCAUCCCAAAUAGAGGAUAGCAUAGCUUGAGGCACAGGCCAUACCCAUGGCUGUGCCCCUAAGCUGUAGAUAGUAUUGUCCAUUAAACACAAAAAAGUUGUGCGUAAGGAUAAAUUCAAGUAAUUGUAUUAUAAACUCCCUUUGGGCUGGUGUGAACUUAGAGAUUUUGUUUAGGAAGUAAGAAGUAGCUGUGAGGCCCUUAUCAUGUGGAAUGUUAUUAUAUAGUGCUACCACAUCAAGACUUGCCAACAUGCUGUAGGGGGGUACUUCUAAAUUCUCCAGGAGCAACAGAGUGUGUUUUGUGUCUUGCAGAUGAGAUUUAAGACUGGUGACAAAUGGAUGUAGUAGUCUCUCUAGGAAGUGACUACUUCUUUCCGUAAUUGAGCCAUUUCCAGAAACGAUAGAUCUUCCUGGAGGGUUCUGUGCAUUCUUGUGGAUCUUCGGAAGGCAGUAAAAGAUGGCAAUUGUUGGAUUUAGAUGUGGUAGAAUAAAUUUGCAUUCUUCUCUAGUAAUGAUGCCAACCUCCAAUGCUGGUUCCAAGAUAUUUUUAAGUUCCAGAAGAGACUGUGUUGUUGGGUCCUUAGGUAAUAAUCUGUAAGAUUCUGGAUCUUUCAGAUGGUCAAUACAGAGCUCAAUAUAUUUCUCACUGUCUAAUAGAACUAUAUUUCCCCUCUUAUCUGAAGGUUUAAUAAUUUAAUUCUGUUAACGGCUAAGUUCUCUUAGGGCUUUCCGUUCUAGAGGAGUUAGAUUGUCAUGUACCCUGGCUUGAGUCUUCAAGGAUUUAAUUUCAUCUGUGGUCAUUUUAAUAAAGAGGUCCAUACUGGAUACCUCUUUCAGGUUUGGUGUCAACCAAUUUUCUGGCUUAAGUGUUGUAAGUAGUUGUUCGAUAACCUGUUCAUCCAAUAGGAACUGUAAUGUUAGGUAGUGUUGAUAGUCUUCUGGGGAGAAACCCGCUUAUUUAGCUAGUUUAAGUUUUUUUCUUUUAUGUACCUCAUUUAAAGCCAAUUUCCGACCAAAGAAGUUUGUAUCCUUGAUCCACUAGAAUUUAUCAGUGCUUGGUGGGGGUAUCAAAGAAAGGACCCGUGCCCAAAAUGGAGGAGUGAUGUGGUUGGAGGGUAAAAUUUGAAAGGUUGACUAUCUGGUUUAAGUUGUUAUUCAUUAGAUCUGGUUUAUUCCUCUGUCUGGUUUGUACCCCCAUCGUCUUCUGUCUCUUAAUCUGCCUCUCUGUGGAAGGGGCCAAUCCUCCUCUAAAAAAAGAUGAUGUCAUGGUUGUAUCUAUUCUUGUUGUAGUUUCAGUAGUAGCUGCCACAGGAGUAUGUGGGAAAGUCACAUUUCUAUUCGUAUUUUUUAAGAUGCUUUUGUUUUUGUAGGAUUUGGAGUAGUCUCUCUAUUACGUUGCUUUCUGUUAGGUCUAUAAUUUCUGGAAUCAGAAUCAGUCCAAUUAGUAUUUCCUGAUGUGGAACUGCUUCUGCUAUUAGUACGUGUUCUAAAUUUUCUUUUGACUCUAAAGAUAUUUCCCUCCUUAAAAUUCUUAUGGUCUCUUAGGAAUUUUGUGUAUUUUUUUUUUCCUUAACAUGUUUUUUGAAAUAAUCCAAAUUUUUUUGUAAUUUAUUUUCCAUGAACAGAACUCUUGACUUGUUUUUAAAAUACAACAGAAAAUAAACAUAUCAGUUUUUAUCAGUGUUAGAAUAAGUGAACCUUUAUAUAUUGGUGUGAACUGUAAAUAAUGUAUAAUGUUGGAGAAUGUGAAGGACUGGUGAAGGUCAUCGGCAGAAGUGGCUGUAAUCAGGAGAGUAAAGAUAUAAAGUGAUUCUUUGCAUUGAAAAACAUAUGAAAUAAAAUGUGUUUUGAAGUGACAGCAUUGAAGGAUAGUAAGAAUUUAAAUAGGAUUACUAAAACAAAGAGGACAAACAGAAGAGGACUUUAAUUUAACUUGAGGGGAAGUGUAACUAAUAUAGGUGGGUAAGUGGACCAUUCGAAUUGGAAGAGGGAAAUUAGGGAAGCCUAAAAUGGAGGGUGAGUAAGAAGAUGAAAAAAACCAUAGUACUUGCAUUGCACACUGAAAUAGAAGGAGGGCAGGAUAGAAUGGUGAGAUAUUGAUGGAAAGAGGAAUAAGUAGUGAAACAGAAAAAAAGGACAAAAAAGGGGGUGACGAGUGAUGUAUUUAAUUAAAAAGGAAAAAUAGACAUCUGUCAUAAUCACUGUGCAGAUCGCAAAUAAUACAUCUUUUCUUUGCAUUCACAGACAAUGAAUCUGAAAGGCCAAAUGAUCUACGUCUUUGAAUCCAGUGCCAUUUUGUUCUUGGGAUCUCCAUGUGUGGACAGACUGGAGGAUUUUACUGGACGUGGGCUGUAUCUGUCAGAUAUUCCCAUACACAAUGCUUUAAGGGAUGUUGUACUUAUUGGAGAACAAGCACGAGCACAGGACGGAUUAAAGAAGAGGUUGGGAAAGCUUAAGGCAACUUUAGAAGUGACACAUCGAGCUUUAGAAGAGGAGAAAAAGAAGACAGUUGAUCUUUUAUGCUCAAUCUUUCCCGGUGAAGUGGCUCAGCAGCUGUGGCAAGGGCAGACAGUGCAAGCCAAGAAAUUUAACAAUGUAACAAUGCUAUUUUCAGACAUUGUGGGGUUUACAGCAAUCUGUUCACAUUGUUCACCGAUGCAGGUUAUCACAAUGCUUAAUGAAUUGUACACACUUUUUGAUUAUCAGUGCGGGGAACUGGACGUAUACAAGGUAAAGUAACAUCUAAUUUUUAGGUUGACAGUCAGAUUGAAUAAUAAUUAUUUCUUAUUUUAUUUUGAUAUAUAUAUAUAUAUAUAUAUAUAUAUAUAAUCAUUAUAUAUUGUGACAAACUUACUUUCUUGUGUGUGUUUGUCCAGGAUCUUUUGGCAACUGCACAGCCCUCUAGGUUAAGGAAGCCAGGUCAAGACAAAGUCCAGUUUAAAAGGCCUCUGGCCUGUUUAUUUUCUGUUGGUAGUAAGUAGCCAGGUAAAUCAGGAUACAACAGGAUAUAUAAAGCAGCAAUGCUUACAAAUAGUAGAAAACCUUCCAACCUUCUUUCUCCACAAAACACUUCCUCCCUUCACCCUGCUUUAACAGCAGUUACAAAGCUGCUCACAGCCCCUACAGGUGAGGCUAAUGAGCCAGAACUCAGAAAACCUGGGCUGGAUUCAUGUACAGCCACUCUGACAGUGGGUGGAGAAUCGGCCCACCACGCUCUUCCGAAUACUUCACCCCAGGGACCCAAAUAACAACACAGAAAAAACAUCUAUAUGUAAACUUAACUUACCCUGGGGCUGCAUAUGCUAAUCCCCUUAUGUCAGGAUAGUGCCUGCGCAAAAGUCUGGGUGCCAGAUAUACACCCCUGACCACCACUCUGUCACAAUAUAUAUUGUAUUAUUUAUCUACUUUUUAGUUCAUAUACACAACUCUGCACAAUUUAAAACUGUAUUUUAUUUACUUAUAGUUAUCAUUUUCUUUAUCUGGAUCUUUUACUAUUUUAGUAAUCUGUGACAUUUACAAUCUUAUUCUGUGAGAACGCAUUCGCCAAUAGCUGAAAACUCAAUAUCUCUCAUGUUAUUUAACAGCUAACUACAGUAUUACAAGCACACAAUGUUGGGUUGGCUUUAAGAAAAAUUGGGCAUUUAUUGUGGAGACGAAUAGUCAUUUUUAAAGAGAUUCGUGUAGCGAUCAUGUCCCUGCAGUCUCACUUCUCAAUUCUCUUCCAUUCAGGAGUUAAAUUUAAAGUUGAUUUCUAACUUAUACACAGUGUGUUUCAUUAAAAAUGUCUUGGCUCCUGCUCAGUUAGUAGCCGGACACCACCUACAACAGCAUCUAAGAUUAUUGAUGGGAAAAAAAACGAUAAUUCAUGGCAAGAGAGCAGCCACCAAUUGUUAAUUUUAUUCACAGAUCAGGUGAGAAGUGACAAAUAGAGGGAAAAAAGGAGUUUCAGGAAAAAAAAAUGAUCUAUUUAUAUAUUAUAUACCAUUUAAAUAUAUAUAUAUAUAUUUUUUUUUUUUUACUUCCCCUCCUCUUUUUCCUUCUAUUGGUUACUUUGUCUCUCUUUGUAAGGAUUACUGUAGAUCCAGCACGCAAAAAUAGUAUCACACCUAGGACUAAGGAUAACGUCUAACCAGACCUUAGAAUGGCCGACUUAACAUAUCCAAGAAUAGUCAAAAUACUUGCCAAGGUCAGGGAUACAGAAUGAGACACGAGGAUGAGGGAAAGCCAAAAGUCUAGGAUAUCAGAAAUCAGGGAAGUCAAAAUAAAGCCAAAGUCAAUAACCAUAAUAAUACAAUCAGGAACACACUCUCGGAUAACCAGCAAAGGAAAACUACGACAGGGCACUGACAGAAAGGUAAAUUGGGUUUAAAUACCCCUCCUUUUGCUGUAAUUGGUUGCCUCUGACCUCUGACCCUAAAACGCGCGUGCGCGUCUAUGACGUGACGUUGCACGCACAUUGGCGCCAUAUUUUGCUCCCUUUUGGUUCGUCUGAUUCAUUUUUGCAAAUCCUUUUUGGCAAAAAAAUUAUUGUGAACUAAAACACCACAUGUACAAAAUUCUGCGUAAACAAAUUUAAUUCAUAUAGAUGUGUUAGAACCUUUGAGAUUAAAGGGGCACUCUAGGCACCAUAACAACUACAGACCACAUUAAUGGUUACAGUGUUAGUCGGCUGCAAAAUUACCUGGUUCUGAGUCAAGCUGUUUAGAAAUGCUUGCAAAUGGUUUGGCCCACUACUAAGGCAUGACAACUGUGCCAUAACCCCUAUAUUUGCAUGCAAUCAUUACUAUGCUAAGACUGACCCUUUAGCAUGAUGCUUCCUUGAGAUAUUUGAGCAUAAAAAUUUCUAUUUUACCUAUACAAUGCGUACACAGAAACUGCGUGUUAAUUGGCUGUUCAUGGACAAUGUCUGUUACCAUAUGUUACCAUUGAAAAUGAGCUACUAAUUAUUUAAGCCUUAAACUACCUUUGAAGUCAAACUAACCCUUGUUGAAGAUCAUUAUGAUGAUGUUGCAAGGUACCAGAAACACCUGGGGCUUGAUCUCAAAGGAAAACCUGAAGACAUCUAAACUAACAGAGAGAAGGAGAUGUCAUGACAUAUCACUGCCUCUCUAUGUUAUGUUCCAUUCUCUCUACCUAUGGUUACGGACAAGUUCGGCCCAAGACAUUGUGCUGCCUGGGUCCAAGGAUGAAAUGCUGCCCCCCCAAAAAAAAAUACUAAGCCCACAUCCAUUAUGUUAGAGAAGGGGUAGUCAACCUUUUAAUACCUACUGCCCAGUUUUGUAUCUUUGUUGAUGGUAAAAUUUCCUUACCACCCACCAGUGCCGCAGUAACUCGAUUGUUUAGCGCAAGUGCUAAUUUCUUUUUUUUUUUUUUUAGAAAGGAGGGUACUUACAUUUCUAUUUUUUUCCCUUUUUUCUAUUAUCUGUUGUAUUUUUUUCUAUAUGUGUGUGUGUGUGAGGGGAGCAGUGUGUGUGAGUGGUGCUGUGUGUGCAUGACCCACCACCGCCCACCUGAAAGCCUGAAUCGCCCACUAAUUGGUGGUAGUUGAUGACCCCUGUCUUAGAUCAUAAUAAAAUAAAACUCACUUUAAUGAGUUGAUUCACUCUAUGUGGAUGGCAAGUCAAGUGCUUCCAAGUGGAACUUGGAAGCACUUGUUAUAUGUAUGGAACAACUUCGAAGUACCUGUUAUAUGUAUGGAACUGUUUUAACCCUUUCCACUCGGAUAAAAUUUCAGCGUCAUUUGCCAAAUUUAUUUAUAGAAAUCACCUCAUGGGUGCGUUUAGUUUUUUUUUAGUUCGCAUUUAUCCGAUAACGUUAUGUACCUCUGCGUGAGCCAUACGAUCGUCGAACUUGUAUGCUACUCAUGUCCCACCAGGUAGAACAUACGAUCGGAAUGAGAAAAUUAAAAUGACCCACACUGUGGGACAGUCCACGGGAAAGGGUUAAAGCCAAGGGAGGCCAAAUGACAGACCUACAAAUCCCACAAUGCUUCACCAGCCUUAUGUUGACAAAGCAUCUGGGGGCUGUAGUUGCACAAUAUUUGGCUUCCCUGGUUUAAAGGGACACUUUAGUCACCGGAACCAUUAUAGCUUAAUGUAGUGGUUCUGUUGUCUAUAGCCUGUUUCUGCAGGCUUUUCAAUGUAAACACUGCCUGUAACGGCACCCCGAGCAAGACAAGGCUCAGUUUUGAGGGUCAAGCAGGAACAUACAGAGCUGUGGGUUUAUUGUUCUUAUGUACACAUUCUUACACAUUAGUACCACCCACAGGGUUUUGGAAAACAACCAAUAAACAUGUACAAUACACUCAGACACUCCCACACAAAAUCCUCCCCUCUGCCUGUGAUACAAUUACCUUACACAAUGGGUAAUGUAAUGAUCACAGCCAGAGAAAUACAGUUUUUCCACAUUAUUCAUAACUUGAAAAGUAUGCAUCACAUUCACAAAAAUUCACAUAAAUUCACUUACAUUUUCAGAAUCAGCAUACUCCAAAUACAAACAUAUGUCAAAAUCAUCCAAAUUGGUCUAUUGGUUCAAAAGAUAGAUCGAAGUCCUUUGUGACCAAAUGAAGCAUGGCUUUUCUGCCCAAAACCAGUUCCACAGAGUCUUCUAUCCUGGAGAUAAUUGGGAAGUAAUCCAAUUAUCUCCAAGGACAGAGGCAAAACUCCAUUGAACACAUGGCAGCAAAAGACAAUAAACACAUAAAAAUACAUAACUGUGCAACCAUUGCACAAAACAGGUACAUUCAACAUAUCCCCAGAUAGCUCAGAUCUGAGCGCACAUUAUUACUGAAUGGCACUCAGAGCACACACAUACAUUUCAAUUGCCAUGGAGCCAAAGUCUUUCCCAUAGUCUUUCAUAAUACGAAUGGGCUCCAUGGCAUAGCUAUCUGGGGUAUAACCGCUCAAACAGGGCAAGCACCGAAUGACCCGGCUUUCGUGUCUUCGCAGGGGAAAAUCAAGCGUUUCAACAUGGGACCAUAGUCUAAAGGCAGCAGGCGGGCCACCAGGCUCCUCCAAUGCACAGUGGCGAGAUUAGUCUCUUCACAUCUCUCCCCUUUUCCAAACAGACUAACAGGGUAUCUGACCUCCUGCCGGUCAGUGCCCUGGUUAGUCUAGCAACCCACCCAUAAAACACAAUUAGUAAUAAAGCCCACCCACAAUAAAUGGUUACUACACCUGAGUACAGGGAAAAGUUGUCCAUGUCCAGGUGCCUCACCACAGCUGUGUGGGGGACUGGUACGCUGAAUUGGUGGGUUGCGAGGUGGGCAGAGACCAGCUGUACUCUGCCCUGAUGCCAGCACUACCACGGAAGUAGUCUGGUUGGAGCCUGGUUGCUGGAGGGGGAGACCGACUGUCUCCCCUUUAGAUACACAGCUCUGCUGCCGGAGGGGGAGACCGACUGUCUCCCCAUUGGCUAAACAGCCCUGUCGCUGGGGGGCAGGACCGACCGUCCCUACCACCUGUGCUGUAAGUGCAGAGACCACAGUCCCAUCCGCACGGUUGUGGGGCUUACUGUCUCCCCCUGGUAUGUUAAGCUGCCGCUGGGGUGAGGGGGUAACAAGCUCCUCUCUCAUACAUACUUCCAGCCGCGGGGGAGGGAGACCGACUGUCUCCACUCCCAAUACAGAGUCCUGCUGCUGGGAAAAGGAGACUGGGCUCUCUAUUCCCUGUCAGACACUCUGCCACUGGAGAAUGGAGACUGGGCUCCCAAUUCCCUGCAAUUCACUCUGCUGCUGGGGGACAGGAGCAACUUACUCUGCUAUCUCUAUGUUUACAUUACUGCCAAGUAACACCUCUAGUGGCAGUCACUCAGAGGGUCAUUAGAGUUGCUUCCUAGUCCAGUGCUGCAGUGUGUAGCACCUACAUUCAUUGUCUCCACCCUCUGCAUGGAGACGCUGAACAUUCCCCAUAGAGAUGCAUUGAUUCAAUGCAUCUCUAUAAGGAGAUGCUGAUUGACGCAGCAGGCGUUUUUCCACACUUGUGCAAUAGACUCCGAAUGCUUUCCUUUGGGAAAGCAUUGGCUUGGCUAAGAUCAUCAAGAUUGGUGAGCUCAGUCAUGGAGGCAGGGCCAGCCAUGACAAGACCGGCACAGCCUGGGUAAAUAGGUUUCCCAUGCGAUCAGAGGGGAACCAGUACCUAAACACACACACUGACAGACACACACAUACUGACAGAUGCACACUUACUGACUUGACACUCACUCACUGACUGAUAGCGACACACUCACUGACAGACAUACACUCAUUGAUUUGACACACUGACAGACACACACUUACUCUUGGCUUCGUGAUGGAGCUGAGAGGAGCAGGAAGAACCUCACAGCUGAGAGAGCUCCCUCGCCGCCGGCUGCCUCCCUCUCCCCCAUGGUACAUUAUGUAUAGGCAGAGUAGGCACCUUCCCUGUGGGGUAAGCAGGUGCAAACUCUGCAUUGCUGAAUAGGUGCCACUCUGUGGGCAAUCUUGGCCACCUCUUGGGCAACCGUCAGAGAUUGGCCCGCACGGCGCCCCAACCUCAUUGCGCCCUGGCCCGCGCACUUGUCCACUUGUUGUAGCACCUAUGGGAGACAUGCAUUGGCGGCAAAAUGCUGCACCUAUCCAGGUGCCGCCUAGGGCCAUUGCCCCACACUGUCCUAUAGCUCUGGUUACGGAGCUGCUGAUACUUUCUAGGAACUCAAUGAAAACAUACAGUAGCUGGCAUAUUCUGCACAACCAGGUAUUCAUUGCCAUGCUACCUAACUAAUAGAGGGAUGUGUAGUAAAGUUUUGUUUUCCACAUUGCAAAAGUCACUUAGGGACACCAAUAAUUUCACCAACAGAACCUGAUUUUCCUAGUUUAAUAGGCGGCUGCUUUGAGAAGCAUUAACAUUUAAUAACACAAGACUAUUCAUCUAACAAUUUGCAUGUUAGAUGAAUAGUCUUGUGUUUAUGACAUUUUGCAUAAGAAGCAAUAACCAUAAUUUUUUUUAAAUGUAUGAUUGAGGUUUUUAAAAUAUAAUUUUAUUUCAUAACUAAAUACAAAGAUAUAAAGGUGUAUUGGCGCUACCAAAAUACAAAUAUAAAAUGACUGGUGUAGUGAAAAGUGUAUCCCACAACACUGGAAACUAGAUAAGGAAGCAAUAAAACAAAUACUGCACCAAUCAAAGUAAUGCAAAUAACGGGAUCAAUCUAAAAAACACAAAUAAAAAAAACAUAGUGCAAACUGUGUAUAUAUUAAAUAAACCCCUAUAUAGCAUAAAACUCACAUGAUGCAGAGCCGUCCCAGGCUCUAUAUGAUAUGCAGGAGUGUGCCUAAUGAGGCUAAAGCGAUACCCUUGAGGAGGGCAGCACAGGAUACAAAAUGAUAAAUCAAAACUUUAUUAAGAAACAAUUAAAAUAAGGGACAGUAAGCAGUGCAAAUAUAAUAAAUAUACUGGGCACAAAGCCUAAGUAAACACCGCAAGGUAAGUAAAAUGUCCCAAAAUGCAAUACAUAAAAGUGACGCAGCAAACUCGUUUCAACUCCGGCUGGAGUUUCUUAAUAAAUUUUUUAUUUAUCAUUUUGUAUCCUGUGCUGCUCUCCUCAAGGGUAUCGCUUUAGCCUCAUUAGGCACCCUCCUGCAUAUCAUAUAGAGCCUGGGACGGCUCUGCAUCAUGUGAGUUUUAUCCUAUAUAGGGGUUUAUUUAAUAUAUACACAGUUUGCACUAUGUUUUUUUUAUUUGUGUUUUUUUUUAGAUUGAUCCUGUUAUUUGCAUUACGUUGACUGGUGCAGUAUUUGUUUUAUUGCUUCAUUAUUUCAUAACUAAAACUAAUAUUAUAAUAAAAUGAAUUGUUCCAUAUGCAGAGUAAAAUCAGCACUCAUUAACCUCAUUCAGGUUGAUGGUUGAAUGUUAUAGCCCAAAAACAAACUAGAAGAUAGUUUUUGGAAGACAUUAAGUCCAUUAAAAAAAAAAAAAAUGUAAUCAUGCCCUUAUUACCAUUGAAUCAGAGCUACAUUCACUGUUUUAAUCCCUUUUGGCCAAUUAUGUUUCUGCACUGUAAACAUGUAACUUGACACAAAUGAGAAGAGAACAAUUUAGUGCUUUACAGCAUAGCCGGCUUAGUUUGACCACACUACAAGAGCUUUGAUGCAAACAAUACAAGACAGUGUUAUAACGAGAAUGCAUGUGUUUUAGUUACAAAUCAGUGGUUCUAAAUACAAAUUCAGCAGUCAUCUCAUCGGAAUACAUCAUGAGCACUAUAAAGCAUUUAAAGAAAUGUUUUCUCAGUUAAAUUGUUCAUUUCAACUUUAUAUUAAUUUGGAAAUAUGAAAUGCAUUACAUUGUGUCAGAUUAUUUGCAUGUUUCUAGUGAUAUUUUGGGGUUGUGUGAAAGACAAAAUGACUCCACAACGACACCAACAUUUAGUUUGUAUUUCCUAUUUUAGUGUUCUAGGUCCAGUGGCAGCUAGUCCCCUGUGCAGUUUCUGUUUACAUUUUAAAAAUCACUUCUAAUCAAGUCAAACAUUUGGGGUAUUUGUGAAAAAAAAUGCCCCUCUGUGGAUAUAGGCUUUCCAGGCAAAAUUAGUUUGUUUUAAUUGGAAUUCUGGUCUCAUCUAUUGGCUGUGGACUGUCAGAUAUUGGAAACUCUACAAGAAAAAACUUUGCACAAGUACUCCUCACUGACUGCUCGGACAUACUACAAGCUCUCUGGCACGAUGAAUCCCCUGAAUCUGAGUCAUGGGAAUUCCCUCGAACAUAAAUUCAAGGGAUUCCCCAUGCUAGAGAGCUGGUCUAUGUUUAAGGGAAUUUCCCUCAAACAUAUAUUCAAGGGAUUACUCGUACUAAAAGCUGAUCUAUGUUCAAAGGAAUUUCACCCGAGUCGAGAGAUUCUCUGCGAUAGUGAGCUGGUCCAUGUUCGAGGGAAUUACCCAAACAUGGACCUGCUCUAUGCAAGACUUGGUUGUCGUGCCGGUUUGAAGGAUUCUCGCUUACCGACCAAUUCGCUUAACGACUUAGUCGUAGGAACGGAACUCAGUUGGUAAGUGAGAAGUAUCUGUAUAUUGUUCUGUCUUCUAAAGCUGUGAGUAGGUAACAGCAUCAUAGGGUGGAGUUAGACCACUUUAAAGUGCGUGUUGCUUCCCAACUAUGUCUAUAUAUAGGCUUAUGGUAUUGAAGUGUGUAUGACCUUUCAUCAUGGUCAGGAAUUAAGUACCUGGGAUUAAUUACAUAGAGCCCAACAAGUCAGAAAGCAGAGUCCAUUUUCAAGAAUACAGUCUUUGUAUGGCUAGGUCUGAGUUUCUUAACCUGUUCAGUAAAAGUACUGUUCUUGAGUUUUGUUCAUACAAACACAAACAUUUCAAACAAAGAAAUGAGGAAGAGAAAGUCAUAGCAAAAGAAAAGUACACUAAAACAAAAUACAGUACUCCACAGGAAGUAUUUGCGUGAGUUGUGUUUUGUGCAGACUGUGUUUUGUGAUUGAUUUGUGUUAUCUAUGUGGAAAAAUGUGUGUUGUGUAUAUGGGGUAUUGUGUGUCACAUGUUCGGGCUGUGUCAGGGAAGUUGUGUGUGGUUUGUGUGUUGAUAGUGUACAAGGAAACUUUGUGUGAAGAGAGACUGUGUGUUUCAGCCUCCAGCGUAAUUUUGGUACAACCUUUUAAAAAAAAUAUGCCUACCUUAUCUUCAGGGAGGGAUGGGUAAAAUCCCUGGCACUGUGGUGAGGCUGCUUGCAAUAUAUCCCCUAUCAUGGUUUUUCAUCCAAGGUGGUUCAGUUUUGAUCUCCAUAUUGGCUUUGGGGACUGGAGGAUGCACCCUCUUCCUAUCCCUAAUACAUGGUGUGUAUAGGGUAGGUGUGCCACAAAUUAAAAUACAGGGUGCUAAGUAAUCACACAUACUUUCAGGUGUAAAAAAAGUAUUUUUCUUGUACGUGGGUCAACUUAAUUAUCAUUAUGCUAAGUGUUUGAAUAUGUUGAUAAAGCAUAUGCCCUUAUUUUGGCAAGCCCUACCAAAAAGAAAUCAGAUAAGCAUUGGGCCUUGCAAUCAUAUAGUGUCAUUGUAGCAAAAAAAAAUACUUAGAUCCAUCAAGUUCAAUCUUUCCUACAUCUGCUUAUGCUAUUUAUCUAAAAGAAAGCAAAACACCGAAUUUGAAGCAAUUUCUAAUUGUAGCACAAAAAGGGAGAAAACUCGUUAUUGGAAAUCAAAAAUCUUUUUGGCAGAAAAUUGAUUGUUCUUACAGUAAAGAACACGUACUAUUGCUGUAGUUGAAUUCACCUUUUUACAAGUUUUGAUAAAUAACAUCUCUUUUAGUUGCCAAUCAAAUUUACCUGCAAUCCAUCAGUAAAAUUAAUCCCACGCAUGUCAAACAGCUGACAACAUGGACAGAGGAGAACAGCUGUACCCACGAGUUGAGAUCUGGCACAAGGAAGAAAAGAUAAUAUAUUAUAUAAAUAAAAGCAAGUAGCAAGGGAGGGAGUAUGAUGAUUAAAAUACAGGAUGCAUAAGGAAUGGAAAACCAAAAUCAAAACAAAAAAAAAUGGCCGGACCUCAUUAAGCUAUGAAUGGACUACAUAUCUUAAUUCUCUGUAAUUAUAAAUACAUGGAAAGCUAUUUUUGAGAAACAUUAUACAAUGGGUAAACAAGGAUUUAUUUUGUAGGAAAGGAUUACAAAAGCAAUGCUUACAGUUUAGGCACGAGUGAGUAUUAUAUUCAAUGUUUUCAAAUUAUUCUUGUUAAAUAUAACCUCCCAGAUGAAUUGUAAUAAAUUAUGCUAAAUAUUUUGUGUCUUUUUCUAAACCCUUGACAUGUAUAUUUGUAGGUAGAAACAAUUGGUGACGCAUAUUGCGUGGCGGGAGGAUUACAUAAAGAUAGCGAGACGCACGCAUUUCAAGUAGCUCUUAUGGCUCUAAAGAUGAUGGAGCUCUCAGACAAGGUGACAUCGCCUCAUGGAGAACCUAUCAAGGUCAGUUUACAGUUGGUCUCCACUUUAUUUUGUGGAGUUGAAAAACAAUUACUUUUUAUAGUCAGGCAUUAUAUUCAUUAAAAAUCUAAUGAGAAUCUGAAAGCAUGAAAACCUGUAUGAUGCCCAAUGAUCAGUAUUUUGUUGCAAGCGAAUAUUGUUUUUACGACAUUAGAGACUCUUAAAAGUAAAACAUAUCAUUCUUGCAUAGGUUAUUGUGCAAGCAGGUCGUUAUCCUUGUCCCAUGGACAUAAUCUGUUUAACGUCAGCAGAUUCGCAGAAGCAAUUAGAAAUCCUGGGAAAUUGCAAGAAAUGCAAAAGCAAAGUUGCAAUAAAAAAACAGGGCUUCAACAUUAAGUGUCAAUUUUAUUAUCCCAUAGAGAAUAUCUACAUACUGCCUAUUCGUUAAAGGAACACUCCCAAUGCCGUAAGCACUAUAAGUGAGCUGUUAUGGUGCUUGUAGUGUUUCUUUAAAUCGCUUGCUUACAUAGCCGUCAAUGUAAUAUGCUUUUCAAAUGUUUCAAUGAUGUUAGCAAAAAUUAUAAAGUCUAUGGGGUUAUUUGUAGAUAAAUCAUUUGGGAAAUUGUUCUGAUAGUAUUGGAUUAUGUGGAAAGUUUAUUAAACCAGACUUGUUUGAUUUACCACUUUGAUCAGAGUGAGUAAGCCAGUAGCAAGUCCAGAGUUGACUAAAGCAACGGAGAUUAAUGUUUUGUCGUUAAGCCAUAUCUAGACUGUGCUGUAUAUAGAUUUUGAUAUCCUGCUUGGUGUUGGGAAAUGUUUGCUAAAUUCCUGCAUCACCCAGUUUAAGGCAAAUGAGAAAUAUAAUGUUCCUCUCCCUUCAUCAAUUCAUAGAGACCAUCCAGUGAAAAUUCCAACCAGACAGCAGUGAUCUCCCCGAUACAUUGCAACCAUCCUUGUUUGUUGCUAUAGGCAGUGACGUUUUAUAUGCUAUUACAUAAACUCUUGUUUUGCUGUAGUAGUUAAUCAUCUAUUAUUUAUAAUGGGAGCAAAGACACAUUCUCGGUUUUCAAUGGAGUGUAUUAACCUGUUUAUGACAGCUUGGUAGUAAAAAAGAAACUGCCAGAUUCAAGAGGCAAUUAGUUUGAAAGAGAAAAUACUUGGGUUGAUAUUUUUGUCAAGGCAAAACAGAUGCUAUUCUAGGGCAAAUGACUAAAUAAGGACCAGACUCACCACAGAUACGAAUACGGUGUUUCUGAACAUUUAGAAUUUUGCACCUUAAUUAGCACUUAAUUUGCCUUGAUACAUUUUCCCCUUUGUUAGAUGAGCAAUAACACUUCUUGAAAUUGACUUGUGUUCUUUCACUAGCCUGGGAUCUUUUCCUACACUGUAUAUACACCUAGAGAAUCACUGUACAAAGUAGGGAAACACAAUAAACAGGAAGUUUAUCCACUUCUUUCUAUGAGCUGUCUUUUGAUAACCAUUUAGUUUUACUUUACUUAUAUUAUGCUUUACUUCAAGAAUGGAAAAUGCAUUUACUGUACUAAAGGUAAGGUGCCAGUCUGAACUAAAGAAGACACUGAAACUAAUAGUUUAAAUGGACAAUCAGAGGAACCAUGGCACUUGUGCAGAUAAUAAGAAAAUCGGAUUAAGAAGUGUGAUAAAUGCUAUUGCUCUGCCUUUUAUUAAAGGAAUACUCUGAGCACCACAACCACUAUAGCAUAAUGUAGUGAUUAUGGUGCCCGGAGAGCCCUUUAGCACCAUUGCAAGUAGACAACCCAUUUUUGACUACUUGCAAUGGACAGGGGGUGCCAGGGCACUUCAGCACACUGUAGUGGUAAUGAUGUUUGUGUGUUUUACAUUGUAUUUAUGUUUUUCUUUAAAAAAAAAAUGUUUUCCUUUUUAAGAUGAGAAUUGGUCUACACUCGGGAUCGGUAUUUUCUGGUGUUGUUGGAGUAAGGAUGCCACGUUAUUGCCUUUUUGGAAACAAUGUAACUCUUGCCAAUAAGUUUGAGUCGUGCAGCGUCCCAAGACAGAUCAACGUGAGCCCUACUACAUACAGGUGGGAGUAUAGAACUAUCCUACUAGGCAAAUUAAUCUUUUGUAUCCAAGCAAUUUAUUGGAAAAUAUAUCUUAUAUGAGAUGUGUAUUGCUUACUGCCAUCUGGUUAUUUAAUCUUUUUCUUAGACAUCUUUCUUUUACAAAUUAAAAAAAGAAAUGAACUUAUAUUUUAAGAAUAAUAGAUCGCUCACCUUAAUGGAAAGCAUUUUAUUGCUGCUCUACAUUGGCAUCGGUGACUAAGUAAGCCAUCAUAGGCUCUUGUGAUGACAGAGUCAAAAACCAAUGUAACGUGUAUAAAUCACUGCACUUUAGGAGUGCGGGUACCUUGUGCCCUGGAGUAAAUAGUCUCCUGGGGCUGAGCAUUUUAUAGAGAGAAAUAAAUUAUUCAAAAAAAUUAAUUUAAUAUGUGUACGUUUCAUUAUUUAAUCAUCUGUAUUCAUUUUUUCCCAGUAUGCUGAAGGACUAUAAAGGAUUCAGAUUUACACCUCGAUCGAGGGCAGAUCUACCACCAAACUUUCCUGAUGACAUUCCUGGUAUCUGUUAUUUUCUUGAGGCUUCUGAUCAAGAAAUGUUGAAUGCGAUUUGGUUCCAAAAAAAGACUGCUGAAGAUUUAUAUUUUAACAAAACAAAAUGAUGCACACAUCUGUUUUGUGGUGAAACAUUUAAGGAAUGCUAUUUAUUCAUUUUGCAAUUUGAACAUAAAUAGGCAAAAAACACACCUGAUCUUUAUUCCACUGACAAUUUUAUAUUGUGUCACAGUUCAUUAACAAAAAUGUAAUAAUGAUCUGUUGAGACAUUUCUAAUGAUGUACCUUUUUGCUAGUUUGUGUCAUUAGUAACUAACCUAUAAUGUUUUCAUAAAUAACUUAUUUUGUGAAUAUUUUCAUAUAUAUAUAUAUAUAUUAUAUAUCUCUAUCAACACCACCACCACCAGCCUGUAUAUUUUAGACCAAGUAGGGUAGCAUUCGCUUAUUGCAAUUUGUGACCCACCUGUUUGUAAGUCAGGGGGAAAAAAUAAAAAAUCACUAGACCAGGCCAUGUUUUCCAAGUUGCAGCUGUUUGCUUUUUCUUAAUUGAUAAAAAUUGAACUCAUCAUAGUCAUUAGCUACUGAGCUAAUUCCCUUGAGGAGUGUAUGCAUUGAGCAUUCAGAGAUGCCCAUCUGCACACCACUAUUUUAAAGGAUAUAUGAGUAAUUGCCCUUAAAUGAGCCAACCUUGUCAAUAUCAGAGAAUGACAGCCUAUACCAUGGUCAAUGGCACUUUGAUUCAGAGCAAUUUGGCAAUGGGACUACCCUCUUGGUCUGACAACCAUGCAAGGGACUUCACUUUUCUAAUUACCUGACUGGAGGUGUCCCUGACAUGCUGCCCACUCUCUAGUAACUAAUUUAAUGCCUCGCUCCAUUUUCGCCAUUUUGUGCCAAACCAACCCAUCUCCCAUCACAUUAAGGACAAUAUAGCAAGUAGGAACCACACUCAAUCCACAAAAGCUAAGGGUGCUAAACCAGACCAGGGGCCAGCACAAUCCAAUAAAAUAGAAAUCCAAUUUUAGGUCAAAACUUUGCAGUGCUCCUUUUGUUCUAAUAAUUGUUACUGAAGCUAUUGGAGUGCCUGGACAUUUACUCUACUAUCUACAAUUACAUUAAGGACAGGUAUAUCUUAAAGGGACAGGGACUGGGAGUCUGUGUGUUUCUGAGAUUAGAAUUUGUGGUCACAUGAGUCACAUGACUGUGUAGGCCUGACCCACCCAGUGUUUCCACUGGAGCUGAUGAUAAUGGAUUGACAGUGAAGUGCUGAGAGAGAGAUGAGUACAGGAAAGUUUAAAAGAAAAUGGGCAUGGGAUUUUAACUAGUCUCAGGGAGGGAGGGAAAGAAACCUGGCAAACGUAUGUUACUGAUAGAGUGGAUAGAAAGCAGCCUGGCAGGGGUAUGUUACUUUUGGUGGGAAGGAAGAAGGACUUGGUAAAGAUAUUCUGCUUUCAAGAAAAAGGAGGUACUGGAGACCUGGCAAUUGUAUUUCUGUUUUGGAACGAAAAGGGACUUGAAGAAGAGAAGCCAGGCAUGUGAAUUUUACUACAGGGGGUUAAGAAUGGUAUGGGGGCAGCUACUGCACUCAUAGUCUACAUACUGCAGUUUUUAAGGUGGCAGUGCAACAAAACAGAGCAGAAGUUAGCAGAGCAGCGAUAGGGAAUAGGGCAGACCUUCAAUGCCAGCAGCAAUGUUGUGGAAAAUGCCUUCCUUUACUUAUUUGGCAAUGUCAAUGGUUGAGUAAUGGGCCCAAGUCAUGAAGACAUUUUUAUAUGAACAUUUCUAUAAUCUUGCACACGUCUGUUAUUCUUCUGUGAUUAUGGUGUUUCUGACCAGAGAAUUGAUCUCACUGGAGGUUUUUGCUUAUCACAUACCCCGUACUCUAGAAAGUCUAAUGUGUGAAAUUCCCACAAGGUUGUCUGUUUUUGAAAUGUUGGAACCACCAUAUCUAGCACCAACAAUAAUUCCAUGAUGAAAGCCAAUCAUGUUUCUCAUUCUAAUGCUUGACCAAACAAGUUUCCUUGUGACAUGACUUGUUUAGUUAAGAGCAUUGAUUAACAGAUGUACCUAGUAGAGUGGCAUUACAUGUACCCAUAUAUACAGACAUUUUCAUUUUUUUUUAUAAGACUAUUAUGGAGUAAAUUGUUAUAGAAUAGCAUUUUUUAGAUUUUAAUGUUAGUGUCCCCUUGUCCUUAAUCUUUAGAUAAUUUUCACAAUGCACAGAAGGAUAUAACUCGGUAUGUCAAUCUAUAGAUCUAUCAAAGCUACACUUCUCUGUCAUGAAAACAUGGGGAAUUAAUUGUAUGUAAGUAAAUAAAUGAGAUAAGGAUCUACUAAAACUAUGGUAUAUUGGUUCAGCAUUUUAACCUAGGUGAGGGAUUUUUUGCCAGUAAUAAGCAACUAAAAUAUGUGCAGGGAUGCCUCUUGAGAGUGGCAUCCCAACACACAGAAAUUGUGCAGGUCUUUUGCUAACCCAGUAUAGUGUGGAUUUGUGCAUAGGGUGCAGGUAAAUGUGUUUAGAUAUGCACAGAUUUCUGUUUAUUAUCAGUCAAGCCGUGCAAAUUAUUCGGAUGAGUUUGUGGGAGAUUUGAUGUCAACACUCAUCUAUAUAUAUUGUUUGCUCCGUGUGGGUAGAACAAUCUGCACAGAGAUCUGUGCAUUCCAUGAGCAAAGAGCAGUUAUUUGUUUCUACUGCCCUUCAAGCCAAAAGUUGUGAACCCUCUCCUAGUUUAAUCACGUAUGCCUACAUCUGCAUAUGUUUAUAUAUGUUUAUAUAGCUCUGAAAGCUUGCUUGUUUAAUGUGAAAUAUACUGAUCACUCUAUACAAUAUGAAAUUUAUAUUUUGAGGAAAAAAAUAAUUAACAUGGAAAUAUUUAAUAUUGUACAGAAAUACUAUGUUGAGGAAAAUGUCAGAAACUACCAGCUGGUCUGUUGUAUAAUGGUAAUGAUGAGCUUAAUAGAUUAAUUUAACAUUAUCUUGAGAACUUCCAGACUCUUGAUAUACAUAUACAUGUAUCUUGUACAGUGACGUACAUUCACUCCUCAUUGGCUGCUUACAUGUUUGUACUGUUGCAACCUGGAACUAAAACACUUUUAUUAAGACUUCAGUCAGCUGAUUACACACACACAUACUUAACAAUUGAAAGGUACAGAAUAUUUUUCAUUCUUACGUUAAUUAAGCAAAGCAAUAUACAUUGUUGGUUGUUUAUAUACCUAUCCCUUAAAGAAAAACUGACUUUAUUUCUAAUGCAUUACUGUUUAAAAAAAAGACUACAUGUAUUAUAACUUCAGGGUGUAUUGCCUACCUUUUUGCUUUAUAGGAGGUAGAUAGAGGAAACCUGCACUCAGCGGGCUGCCAAUGUGCACAGGAUCUGAGAAUGGCCAAACCCCACAUUAGACAGAUGAAAGAAAUAGUGGUCCUGAGACUCAAGGUAAUAGCCAAAAAAGCAGCUUUAUUGGAGCAAAAACAGCAUAGUUUCAACCCAGCAGGUGUUUGUCAAGCUUAACAAAGACCCACUGGGUCGAAAUGUUGCUGUUUUUGCUCCAAUAAAGCUACUUUUUUUGGCUAUUACCUUGAGUGCCUGGGCCAAUAUUUUAUUUCAUAUACCUUUGCUUUAUGAGGAUGGCCAUCUCGAAAUUCCAAUUAGCCAACCAAAAAGCAUGCAGUUAAUCAAACGCAUAUUCACAAUCUUGACAUUAUGAGUUCUCAAAAACACACUCUGGAAGGAGUUCAGACCUUACCAUUGUGCAUGGUCUUAGCAGAUACGUGGUGCUUUUGACCAAGGCAGUAUAAAGAUGGCCACCCCUUUGGAGCAAAUUCACAAAGACUAUGUUUUAACCUAUAUCUAUUUAUUACAAAAUAUUACACAUCAAGGCAGUACUACAUGUGGUCUUUUAUUUUCAAUAAUAAUACUAAAUCCUGACAGUUUACCUUUAAAUCAUUACUUGGCAGAAGCACCUUUGGCUGCAUUUACAGCUAUUCGUAUUUAAGUAUAUGCCAGCUUUGCGCAUUUGGAAAUUGCAAUUCUUUACCAGUCUUCUUAAAUGAAUUGGAUGUGGACAGUUGGUCAGGUCAACAGCAACUUCCAAAACGUUCAGUCUUAUCAGACCAGAGCUUUUUCCAUAUGUUUGCUGUCUCCCUCAUAUGCCUUUUGUCAAACUGCAAACAGGAGUUGUCAUGGUUUUUCUUGAGCAAUGGCUUGCUUCUAGUCACACAUCACUGAAAUGUAGUUUGUGGAGCGUUCUUGGAUCUUUUUUCCUAUUUCAGCUACAGAUCCCUCCAUCUUCUGGUCACUGAGUUUUGGAGAAUGGUCAAAUUAAAAUAAAAUAUAUUUUAAUUCCAGGUUAUAACACUACAAAAUGAGAAAAAUUUCAAAGGGUGAUGAAUACUUAUGCAAGGAACUGUAAGAAAGAUUUUUUUUUUUAGAUAAUACGUUAUAAUGUAGCUCACUACGAAUGCAAAAUUUUACUAUCUGAAAGUCUUCCUAUUAUGUGUGCCAAAUUCAACCAAUACAGUGAAAGUCAGCCACUGAAUAUCUAUGUUUACUUUGCUAUAUUACUCUUGUGUCAGACAUAUGUUAUCUUUAAUGAACAAGCUAGUAUUUAAGUAUUAGGUAAGUGGUUGUUAUAUUGUAUAAAGUCAUGCUGCAAUACAAUCUGUAGAAAAGAAAUGUAAUCAAUAACUUCAGAGGUUACUGUGUUAAAUAUGGAUUUGUCAGCUUAUUGUCACAGCUUUUUCAGUCUGACAGAAUGUGCUAUUCACUUUUGAUCCCUAGAAUGUACUUGUUAUGACACAAGCAUAAACAUCUUCCAGUCUGUGAGCAUCAAGCAAUAUGUGGGCUAUAGAUUUAUUAUACUAUAUUUUGAAAUCAAUAUUCUAAACUGUAUGUUAAAGCAAUAAAUGUUUUUAUGCUAUAUCUGGAUUGUUUUUAAUCAUCAUCUCUCUUGCUGAACCAUUUAUUAACAGAAUAAGAAGAUUAAUUGAGCACCUUGCUGUUAGACCAAUAGGUAAAAAAGCAGUUAACAACCAUGAGAAAUUAUUUGGUGUUCAAGGCUCUGUGACUGAUUAAAAAGUUAAUUAAGCAAAGCAAAUAAAACUAUAUUAAAGGCUGCUUUAUUAAAGGCUGCUUUAGAGAGACCAUCCAAGAAUUCUAUUGUGACUGGUGCUGGGCUUUGCAGCUGACGAACACCAGUCUCUAUAUUAGCGUUUGGAAACCAGGAUUCAAUCAGAAUUAUACAAAGUGUAAUAAUUAAAACGGACAGUAGAUAGCGAUGAUAAACCACUAUCUACUGUAUUAAACAAAAAAAUCAAUUUGUAAUAUCAAAACUGAUAUUAGCAGUGAGUUACCAUAGAGUUGGGUUUAGGGGUUGGCUUAUGGGUGUGGUAGGGUUAGGUUUAGGCAUAAUAGUAGGGUAGGAUUAAAGUUAGUGUUCAGGUAGAGUUAUGAUUAACUGUAGAGUUAGGGUUAGUGUAGGGUUACAGUAAGGUAACAUUUAACGCUGGGUAUGGGUUAAUGCUGUUUUAGGGUUAGGGAUAGUCUAUGGUUAGGAUUAGGGUAGGCAUAUGGUUAGAGUUAGUGUAGGCAUUGGGUAAGGGGUAUAGUUGGUAUAGCCUAGUAUGGGGGUUUGUAUAGAGUUAGCAUUUGCUGUCAAAAAUUUAUUUAGAUCUUAGACAUAUUAGGC